GCGGCAAGAUGGCGGACAGUGCGGAACUGAAGGUAAAGCGCAGCUGGAAUUGCGGGCCCGGGAUCCCGCCCUGGAUUUCUCGCGGGGAGUCGAGAAGUUUGGGUUAGGGGGGUCGAGGGAGCAGUGAUCUCAGGGAGACGGGCACCGGAGCCCGGCGGGGUGAUAUCGGUGUGCGGGUGAGGAGGGCGCUUAAUGUUAUUGUUGGUACUACAUGGGGGGGGGCGGGGGGUGAGUGGGGGCUGGGAUCUCCAUAGACACCCGCUGAGAGGAAGUAGAUUACCAGUUUAAGGAGAGGGAGGGAAGUCGGCACCGACCCCAUAGACAGACACUGUGAGAUGACGGCAGGAGACCAUGGCGACCAUUUAUACUGACACUGGAGACCUGACAGCGGCCUGAGUGGUAAUCCUGCUGGCUGACUGCUGGGGGAGGGGGGGGGGACCCCGACUGGCUGACUGCUGGGGAGGGAGGGGGGGACCCCGACUGGCUGACUGCUGGGGAGGGGACCUGACCGGCUGAUCAAGCUGGGGAGGGAGGGGGACCCCGACCGGCUGACCGCUGGGAGGGGACCCCGACCGGCCGGAUCAAGCUGGGGAGGAGGACCCGACCGGCUUCGACUGCUGGGGAGGAGUAAAAUCCCGACCGGCUGACCGCUGGGGGAGGGCGGACCCGACUGGCCGACUGGACCCCGACUGGCUGACUGCUGGGGAAGGAGGGGGGACCCCGACUGGCUGACUGCUGGGGAGGGAGGGGGGGACCCCGACUGGCUGACUGCUGGGGAAGGGGGGGACCCCGACUGGCUGACUGCUGGGGAGGAAGGGGGACCCCGACUGGCUGACUGCUGGGAGGAGGGACCUGACUGGCUGACUGCAUGGGGAGGGAGGGGGACCCGACUGGCUGACUGCUGGGGAAGAGGGACCCUGACUGGCUGACUGCUGGGGGAGGGGGGGGGACCCCGACUCGGCGGACUGCUGGGGAAGGGGGGACCCCGACCGGCUGACUGCUGGGGAAGGAGGCCCCUGACUGGGGGGAGGGGGGGACCCCGACUGGCUGACUGCUGGGGAAGGAGGGGGGACCCCGACUGGCUGACUGCUGGGGGAGGGAGGGGGGACCCCGACUGGCUGACUGCUGGGGGAGGGAGGGGGGACCCCGACUGGCUGACUGCUGGGGGAGGGAGGGGGGACCCCGACUGGCUGACUGCUGGGGAAGGGGGGGGGACCCCGACUGGCUGCUGAUACUUUCAUUUUCCCAGUCUGAGAUGGGAGCACUUGUGGUUAUCUAGAGACCAGCUGACUUUGUUUCUGUAUCUAUGUGUGGACAGGAAGGCUAGCCUGUAGCACUGUUACUCCUCUUUAUUAGUAGUUCAACCAAACUGCUUGGACAUUAUCUUCUAGACCAGUCCAUGUUUGAUUUCUUAGCACUCACUUCCACCUUCCCUCCCCCUCCAUCCUUUCUCCUCUCACCUCCCUUGUACCAUGUUCUCCCCUCCCCCCAUCCUUGGCUCUGCCUGUCGGUUCCUAUCUCCCACCUCUUAUCAGGACACUGGGUGGAUGGUGGUCGGGAAAAGCGUGAGUGCUAUGUCUUUCUUUUAUCCUACUGUUUGAGGGGAUUGUUAACACGCGAUGAGUCUACCUUCUUAUAGAAAGUUCCUUUUAGUGGUUACUGGGUUAAGGAUGUUGGGGUAUGUUGUAUAAAGUGUGUGUGUGUGUGUGUGUGUGAGAGAGAGAUGACGAAUAGUCAGACAGUAUCUGGUUUACUUUGUUUCCCGCUAAGAUUCAUUGAAGGCACUGUUUUUUUUGUUUUGUUUUUUUUUUUGUUUUGUUUUUUUUUUCUUUUGAAGUCCGAAUGAAAAUUAAACUACAUGUGUGUGUUUAUAGCUAGUACUCUGUAUCCAGGCAACACAUUUUUGUUUUAAUUUUUGGAUUUCUUUUAAUAAUUUAGAAUUUGUCCUAAAAUGGCAUAUUCAAGGUUUGUAUUUUGUUGUUCUUGCACUGAUCAUGAGUCUUUAACUUUUAUUACAGUUGGACGUUAUGAUGUCGGUAUUUAGGUGGCUUCAUCUCUAGUGUCAUUUAUAUAUCAGGUGAUUAACUAUGUAAAUAGUUCUAUUGCCUUUUUAUAUUACACUUUCGUUUUUUAUUGUACAUAACUUGGUCAGCUGCUGUCUAAUCACUGAAAUCAGAACAAGAAUCUGGAAGACACUGUCAAUGCAUUGUGCAAUCUUGUUGUCCUUUAUAACAUGGUUCAUGUCCAGGAUGAGUAUACUAACUCUUUUGAAUUCUUUAAGGGAUGAUGUUGCAUAGAACGAGUGCAUGAGCCACAUGGUGAAGUGUUGUAGGAAAAAGGCUCUCACAGUGCCAUAGCCAUUGAAGGCUCUUAUUAAAUCCUCUUUUUUUGUAUUCCAGUUUUUGAAUAUUUUAGUGCAUUAAGAAUCUUGAGAACUUGCGAUAUGUGGAAUAUAUGGUAAUGGUGACACGCAAAACAGAAUUUAAGUGCAGUUCUACCCCUGAAAUGUUAUAAAACAAAUACAAGUCAUCUAUAAAUAUGUGCAUGAUGUGGUGUCAUCGUAUCAGUUCUGCUGUCAAAACUACCACAAAAUAUACGUUAAAAUAUAUUUGAUGUUUUUCUGUUGCUUGGUCUGAAAUAACCAGAAAAGUGAGCAUGUAUGCUCCCUGAACAAUCCACACAAAUCUACAAGGCUAUGUCAAAUUCUACUUACUUUCUUAAUAUUUUUGGGAAGACAUCUGCAGGGUUUUUGUCUAGUGAGGUAUGUGUGUGUGUGUGUAUGUGUAUGUGUGUGUAUAUAUAUAUAUAUAUAUAUAUAUAUAUAUAUAUAUAUAUAUAUAUAUAUAUAUAUAUAUAUAUAGUGUGUGUGUGUUUUAGUUUUUUUUUUUUUCUUAAAGGGACACUAUAGUCACCUGAACAACUUUAGCUUAAUGAAGCCAUUUUGGUGUAUAGAACAUGCCCCUGCAGCCUCACUGCUCAAUCCUCUGCCAUUUAGGAGUUAAAUCCCUUUGUUUAUGAACCCUAGUCACACCUCUCUGCAUGUGACCUGCACAGCCUUCCAUAAACACUUCCCGUAAAGAGAGCCCUAUUUAGGCUUUCUUUAUUGCAAAUUCUGUUUAAGAUUUUAUUAUUCCCUGCUAUGUUAAUAGCUUGCUAGACCCUGCAAGAGCCUCAUGUAUGUGAUUAAAGUUCAAUUUAGAGCUUGAGAUACAAAUUAAAUUACAUCUGUUUGAAAGUGAAACCAUUUCUUUUUUUUUUUUUUUUUCAUGCAGGCUCUGUCAGUCAUAGCCAGGGGAGGAGUGGCUAGGGCUGCAUAAACAGAAACAAAGUGAUUUAACUCCUAAAUGACAGUGAAUUGAGCAGUGAAAUUGGAAGGGAAUGAUCUAUACACUAAAACUACUUUUAUUUAGCUAAAGUAAUUAAGAUGACUAUAGUGCUCCUUUAAUAUGUGCCAUAGAUGUUAUGGUUUAAAAUGAACAUGUUUAAAUCGAACUGUAUACAACUGUGUCAUGCUCUGUGCCUUUUUUUUUUUUUUUUGACAGUAAAGUAGCAUUAAAGGACCACUAUAGUGCCAGGAAAACAUACUCGUUUUCCUGGCACUUUAGUGCCCUGAGGGUGCCCCCACCCUCAGGGUCCCCCUCCCGCCGGGCUCUGGGGGGAGGAAGGGGUUAAACUUACCUCUUUCUCCAGCGCCGGGCAGGGAGCUCUCCUCCUCCUCUCCGACUGAAUGCGCAUGCGCGGCAGUCCAUAGCAUUUCCAUGCCUUCCUAUGGACGCUGGCGUCUUCUCACUGUGAUUUUCACAGUGAGACGCACGGAAGCUCUCUAGCGGCUGUCAAUGAGACAGCCACUAGAGGCUGGAUUAACCCUCAUAUAAACAUAGUUUCUCUGAAACUGCUAUGUUUAUAGAAAAAAGGGUUAAUCCUAGCUGGACCUGGCACCCAGACCACUUCAUUAAGAUGAAGUGGUCUGGGUGCCUAUAGUGGUCCUUUAAGGUUAAUAGGCUGUAUAUUAGUUAUUUGGGACAUUGUCACUUCAUAUGCAGCUUUGUAUAUGUAUGAGGGCUGAGAGGUAACUACGAUACUCUAUCAAAAUGUGGAGGUUUGUUUUCCUUUUCUAGAAAUACUUUAUUUUAUUUUUUAUUUUAAAAUUUUUAUUUUCUUACCUAAAAUUAUCUGCUACUUUAUUCAAUGUAGCCUAGUAUACAAGUUUAUUUUAAGUUUGUAAGCCAUUAUAAAAAAGAAAUAUAUCAUUAGGGAAUUUUUUUAAUAUUUUGCAUUUAAAAGGAAAAAUCAUAUGUCUGAGGUGUGUGUGUAUAGCUCAAUUCUUUGCAGUUUAGGAGUUCAAUCACUGACAUCUCCUCUGGCUGUGACUUUUACAGCACAUUGCUUACAUUAGAAUUCAUCACAUGCAGGAGGGCGCUGUGCACUCUAGCAGGUGAUUAAUAUAGCAAUAAGGGAAGUUAAAAUGUCUGCCCUUUUUCACUUACUGUGUAGGGAGGCUCAGACAGAAAGGUAUCCAAUGCUUUCACCUAGGAAAUCAUUUUAGAGGCUAUUGUGCAGCAAAACGCCAUAUUGCACCAAUCAGCAUCUCCUUAUAGCAUGGGUCCUCAAACUCUGGCCCCCCAGAUGUUGCUGAACUACAACUCCCAUGAUUCUUUGAAUUACAUGGAUAGCCAGAGCAUCAUGGGAGUUGUAGUUCAGCAACAUCUGGGGGCCGGAGUUUGACGACCCAUGCCUUAUAGAGAUACACUGAAACAAUGCAUCUCUAUGGGGAAUGAUCAAAACCUCUAGACACUGAAUGUAGUAGCAACACUUUUCCUCUUUGACUACUUCAACACACUCAUGUUACAUUAUGGGGUCUAUGCAAAGACUCCACUAGUGAGACCGCUGCUUUAAAGGGUUAAACAUGUAAACCGCUUUUUGUUUUUAAAAUGAGAUGUAUGAACGUGGAUUAUAUCCUCCAUUGUCAUUUGCAGUCAACCCACUCCCCAUAUCUAGUCCUAUCCCCAUUAUCAGUUGCAGCCAGUCUGUCCAGUAUAACCAACCCCCCAUUGUCAAUUGCAGCCAAACUUUUCAUAGUUCAUUUGAAGCCAAACUGCCAUUAUCAUUUGCAGUCAUCCCUCCCACUCAUUGUUACAUCCAACCCAUCCCCCCAUAGCCAACCCUACCUGUAUAGUCAAUUGCAGAAAGCACGCUCUCUCCACAUGCUACCUGCAUCUAAUACUUCCCCACUGCUGUCACCGCACAGUUGUCUCAGCUAGAAGUAGUUAUUGCAUUGUUCAGGGACAUUAUCUUCCUAUGUAGCAAAAUAAGUAGUACCAUAAAAGACAAAAUCGAUAAUCCUAAGGAAUUAAACAUGAUGCAAAUCAAAUAAAAAGUAAUGGAGCAUAGAAGCGUUCAAAAACCAUCUCACAUUUUGCCAGUUUGCAUGUUCUCCGUAGUAGUAUGAUGUCUUAAAUGGACAAAAACAAACAUUUCUGGGUCUCCCAGAGAAGCUUAUUUUCCAUUUCGUGUUUUCUCAGUAACAUACAUCUUUUAUUUUGUUCAAGGAUGCAUAAGAUAAAGUUCAGCUUAUUUAAAAAAAAAAAAAAAAAUUUUGUUACAAUAGUCGAAUUGGAUGAGAACUCUGUUUUGCUGUUUAUCAAAUGCAUGUCUGAGAAUUAAACUUUUGUCCCCAGUUUUGAUAAAUUAACCAUGUGUCAAGUUGUGUCCUAAUUCAGAAAUUGCUGUGGACAUUCAUUGCAGAGCAGAUUUGAGAUGGUAAAUGUAUUGUCUAAAUACAAUUUUAAAUAAUGGGAAUAAAAAAAACAAGAUGUAUGGGACUCCUCCCCAUUGUUAUCAUUGAGAUCUGCAGUAGAUUCCCUAUUCCUCUCUUCAAACAAUAUGCUGGUGUUUCUUUAAAAGUAUUGGUUCCAAUGUCCUGUAAACAUCAGAAAAGGACUCUCUCCCUUCUUCACAGUAUUCGUUGAGAUUGUGUGUGUUUUUUUUAUUUUUUAUUAUUUUAUAUAUAAUAGUGAGUGAUCUCUGUGCCUCCUGUUAAGUCAGUAAGCAGAGAUGACUUCUCUCAAUUUACUACAUAUAGUGUUGAAGGGUUGAAAAAUACAAACUCUCUCUCAACUGCUUUACAAUCCUCUGUUUCCCUCUGCUAUGGGAUGGGAGUCUUAGCAACUGGCCCAGGUGAGUUUUAAAACCUUUUUCCCUUUAAUCUAGUGGUCUACCAAGGGGAAAUCUUUAACUGCUCUGGUGUUGGCACCCCUUCGCAUUAACCCCCAAUAUUUCUAAGUAAAAUACACAUCUCACAAUAAACAUUUAUGAAAAUGUAUCUAGUAUCAUGAUGUCUGUAGUGAUGGUUGAGGGGACAACUUGUGAUUAACAAAUCACAUCUGUUAAAGGGACACUAGGCACCCUGACCCCUUUCUCAUUGAAGUGACCAGGGUGAAAUCUUCUUCAAUUAAACUGUUGGCAGGUUUUUAUCCCCCACCCCACAUGACUCCUCUCCUGCAGCUGUCAAAAAUGACCUACUAAGCCCUCAGUAAAUACUUUUCUAACAACCUACUUCUUACCCCUACUUUUACCCAUUGUGUCACUAUACCCCACUCCCUCUAGAAUGUAAGCUUACUGAGCAGGGCUCUCCACCUCUCUGUUCCUGUACGUCCAGUUGUCUGGUUACAAUUACAUGUGUUAGUCCACCCAUUGUACAACGCUAUGAAAUCUGAUGGCGCUAUAUAAAUAAUCUCUCCCCUUUUUUUGGUUUAGCAGAGGUGCUUAAGUUCUUUCCUAGUGAUUGUCCUCCAGACAGCUACUAGAGGCACUUCCUGCUGCUUAACAGAAUGAAGAGGAUGUCUGAUGUCUUAUUUUACAAUACUUUCCUUAAAGUAUUGAUUAAUGAUUUCCUAAUAGGAAAGCGUUUAAAGUGUGUGUGUGUGUGUGUGGGGCUUGCUGUGCAUACACAUUGGGUUCCCCCAUCGGCCUAACAAUGUAAGUGAAGACCUAGUCAGUGCUGAGAGAACCUUGGCACUGGAAUUAAGGCAUGUACAUUUUUUUUAUUUUAUUUUUUAAAGGGACACUCUAGGCAGCCCUUUUUACUUACCUGGUUCCAGCGCCAGGAGCCUCGUGAAGCCGCGCCCACUAUUUCGUCAAAAUGACGAAAUAGGCGGGCGCGAGCAGGGAGCAAUCAGACGCUUCCAUUUGGAAGCGUCAUUGCUCUCUUGUGUGCUUGCGCGACUUCACCGUUCAUGCGCACAUACUUCAUAGGGUGGCAUUCAUGCUGCCCUAUGAAGUCCUGAGCGCACUACUGUGUGUGCGCGGCCGCAAGCUGAGCUGACAGCUCAGCUCGCGGUCUUUGCCUGCCCCCUCUACUCUGCUGACAGGCAGGAGAGAGAAGGCGCGCACGCACACAGUGCCUUCUCUCUCUCCUGCACGCGUCAGACAUAUUUUAAUGCAUCUGACGUGUACAUGGCCUUUUUAGGGGCAUACAUGAUAUGAAGUCCCUCUGGUGGCCGUCUGAGUGACGGCCACUGGAGGUAUUCCUAUCAAUCAAUGUAAACACUGUAUUUUCUUUGAAAAUACAGUGUUUACAUUAGAUUGCUUGUAGGGAGCUAUAGAUCUCACCUGAACAACUACUUUAAGCUGUAGUUGUUCAGGCGACUAUAGUGUCCCUUUAACCCUUUGCGUGACUGGGGGACCCACGGAAAUAAGGAUACCAUAGCGUUGUGAAUGCAGGUUCCUAUGCCAUCCCUAUAGUGUUCUUUUUAAAAUAAAUUGCUUAGCACUUAGCAAGUUUAUACACUAAAAUCAAAGGUUUUAACUAGGGGCAUGUGUUUUGUUGUAAUUGUAAUUAUGCGACAAAUAGUAGAGCAAUGUAAAGUUAAAAAUGUUUUUUUUUUCUUUUCAUAAUGUAUGUGUAUUAGAGAGAGAGAGAGAGAGAGAUAUUAUCUGUGUAUCUCUCUCUAUCUCAUGUUAAAAGGACACUGUAGGCACCCAGAUCACUUCAGCUUAUUGAAGUAUUUUGGAUGCAGUGUCUCUGUCCCCGUUUGUCCUGCAAUGUAAAUCAUUGUGUAUUUAGAGCAACUACAAUGAUUAUAUUGCAGGACAGCUACUAGAGGGACUUCCUACUUAUGAGGAGGAGGGGCACUGGGUUCAGGUAAGUAGAGUAAUAGUUUAUUAACCCUUACUCUGCAAUUGGGGAAUCAAAUGUCUAGAUUUCUCUGAAAUCAUAGGUUCUCAAAACACAGCCUUUCCCACUUGGGUCAGUCACUGUGACAAUCAGAAGGCUGUGCUCUGCAUGUCUGUCAUCAGGGAAACCUCUCCUCUGGGUGUUUUACUUGGUUCCCUAAGGUAACAUUAAACAACAUUAAAAUAAAUAUAAUAAAAAGUGUGUGUUUUAUAUACACACGUAUACUAUUGACCAAUAAGUAUAAUCUAAAUGUUGGUUUUUCUUUUUUAUUUUUUUGUUUAACUCACACAAUGGCAUUUUAGAAUAUCUUGUCCUUGCAUAUAACUCGCUUGUGGGAGUAUGCCUCACACCAUGUGCUCUGAAUUCACUAAACAUUAUGUAAAAUUCCAGGAGAAUACUAUCUUGCAGGCUAAAUUAGCCUUCAUCUCUGAGCAAGACUUUCUAACCAGAUGCACAAAGGCAUGCAAAGUUUUAAAGAAUGUGCUUGGGUCAGCAGGAACAAGUGAGGAGGUGACAUCUUGGAAGCAGUACUCCAGUAUGACAAGUUAGGGGAAACUGCAGUAUAGUUAAUUUGAAAGUACACUCUCUGAAAUAAUGUGCAAAAAUCCAGAUAUGAAAAUUGCAGCUUUAUUGAAUUAACAUGCUCAUUAGCUGCCUUCUGUUACUGAGGGCUUUACCCGGUGUAAUCUGAGAUAUCCUCAUUGGAUGGGGGUUAUUGUAGAGCAUGAGAAGUAAGUUUGCAGGCAUAUCAAAUUACUUUGUGAUCAUUUCACUCCAGCCCUUUAACACUUGGAUUUCAAUAAACCUCCUAUAGUGUAAAAUUGGAAUGAAGCAGCCCGUGGGGGAGGGGUGGCAUCUAGUUGGAGGCAAACUGCAAGCUCCAAUAUAAAAUCAAUAUGUUUAAUCCUGCAAUAAUGUAACAUUGUUUAAAAGUUAUACUUGUUUCUGCAAAAAAUACCCGGGUCGCUCUGUUUUGUACAGCAGAACAUGUUGGUAUGUAUAGGAAUACUUGUGGCUCCAAAUCUACUUUGCAUAAUGAAAUUGUUUUGGUGCAAAGACCAUGUCUCUGUUGUGUGUAAAUGCAAAGCCUUGCUGUUGUGUGUUUUUUUUUUUUUCUAAGCAGGCACCACCUCUCACAUUAUGCCAACAUACUGUCUAGCUUUAGUGCAUUGGUGUUGAAACUAAGGAGCCUCAAAUGUGCCACAUAAUUUAUUGUGUGCAUGAUCUUUUAAAUUACAUGCACAUUGCAUACUUUUAUCAUGGGUACUACUAAAUAAACUGUGUACAAUGAACAGUGUUCAUUGUAAUGUGCACAAAAUACCAGGCUUGCAGCAUGAAUGUGCCAUCUGGGGCUCCAUAGUACCCAAACUCAAUCACCAAAGAUGCAGUGUGACAUCUGUCUUUUUGUUCCUAUAUUUUUCAGCAGAACCUAAGAGAAGCAUGUGCUGUAGUUGCUUUAAAGGGACACUAUAGUCACCUGACCAGCGUUAGCUUAAUGAAGCAGUUUUGGUGUAUAGAACGUGCCCAAUGCAGCCUCACUGCUCAACCCUUUGCCGUUUAGGAGUUAAAUCCCUUUGUUUAUGAACCCUAGUCACACCUCUCUGCAUGUGACUUGCACAGGCUUCCAUAAACACUUCCUGUAAAGGUAGCCCUAUUUAGGCUUUCUUUAUUGCAAAUUCUGUUUAAGAUUUUAUUAUUCCCUGCUAUGCUAAUAGCUUGCUAGACAAUGCAAGAGCCUCCUGUAUGUGAUUAAAGUUCAAUUUAGAGAUUGAGAUACAAUUAUUGAAGGUAAAUUACAUCUGUUUGAAAGUGAAACCAGUUUUUUUUUUUCUUUCAUGCAGGCUCUGUCAAUCAUAGCCAGGGGAGGUAUGGCUAGGGCUGCAUAAACAGAAACAAAGUGAUUUAACUCCUAAAUGACAGUGAAUUGAGCAAUGAAAUUGCAGGGGAAUGAUCUAUACACUAAAACUGCUUUAUUUAGCUAAAGUAAUUUAGGUGACUAUAGUGUUCCUUUAAAGGAGAGCAGCUUCGGUUUCUCAAUUCUCAUAACAGGCAAUGUAGAGAAUUGGUUGUUAUGAAAUUAUACAUUUGCUUGCACACUGUACACGUGAAAAUUAGUGCUAUUUAUUGUGUAUACUAUGAUGGGUACUCUUUAGUUUUACUGUAUAAGUCUGAACCAGUAUAGUAUACAUUUAAUUCAGGUAGUCAGAAGAAUAAUUGCUUCUUGUCUGUUGACCAAAACCACAUCGUAAUGUAUUCUCUUCCCCAUCCCCUUUUCUUUGCACAGCAAAUGGUUAUGAGUCUUCGAGUUUCUGAAUUGCAAGUACUUCUUGGUUACGCCGGACGCAACAAACACGGUCGCAAACACGAACUCCUCACCAAAGCCCUACAUUUGUUAAAGGCUGGGUGCAGCCCUGCAGUCCAAAUGAAAAUAAAGGAACUUUACCGGCGACGCUUUCCUUUAAAAAUCUUAACUCCUGCGGACUUUUCCCUUCCCAGUGUGCACUCCAGCACAAUGCCCACCAACCUGUCUCCAACCUCCAUUCCUUCGCUUUCAUACGACAGUCACCCUGCAUCCUCUCCGCUGCUUCCUGUUUCUCUUUUGGGACCCAAACAUGAACUAGAGCUCCCACACCUCACAUCCAACCUCCACCCCGUCCAUCCGGACAUAAAACUACAGAAGCUGCCCUUCUAUGACCUGCUGGAUGAGCUUAUCAAACCCACAAGUUUAGGUAAGUCAGACGUCUCGGAUUGCUCUACUGUAUAUUUAUAGCCCCCAUACAUUUUCUGUAUUGCUUUUAAACUACAGAAAGGGUUUUUAUUUAAUAUGCUAGAUGUAUACCUAACACAUUAUAUGUGAAUACAAAUGUUAAAAAUGAGAGAUCCAGUGCAACUAAGAAAUCAAAAUAGAUUAAUAUAUCCGUCCUAAUUGUUAAAUGCCUAAUAUGUCUAGGAUCUAAAUACAUUUUUGAUAGUUAACAUAACACUAUACCAACGUUACCUCUUACCCAAUUCUUACACUAACCGUAUACCUACCCUAAUCUUAAAGGGACAGCUUUUUUUAUUUGUUCUGAUGAGUAUAAUCAUUCCCUUUAGGCUUUUUGUAGUAAACACAAAAUGCAGUGUUUACAUUACAGCCCAGGGAUGCCUCCACUUGCCACUCCUUAGAUGGCUACUAGAGGUGCUUCCUGGGGCAGUGCUGCACAAUGUCUCCUCCCUCUGCAUGGAGGCACUGGACUUUCUUCAUAGAGAUUCAUUGCUUCAAUUAAUCUCUGAAGAGAUUCUGAUUGUCGAGGGGUGUGUUUGACUUGUGCUGACUCUGUCCCUGCUCUGCCUCCUUGACAGUCUCGACCAAUCCUAUGGGAAAGCAUUGUGAUUGGUUUAGAAAAUUACUUCUGAUAAUGUUAGCCAAGCAGGCAGAUCCACAAAAUAUACAUGCCAGUCAGAGUCGUCGUCCCUCUGCUUCUUCCCUGGUGGUCCGGUGGCAUGGACUGUGCAGCAGCUCCCUUGUCUAACUCUCGCGGCCUGUGUGCCGCACGGAGUGUUGCCAUAGUAACCCAUGGCAACGCUCUGACGGACGCAGGACUCGCCCUCAAGAAUGAAAGAGAUACACACUUGAUACAGGCUUGAAUGGUGGAUUUAACACUACAGGGUCAUGAAUACGUGUGUGUUCCUGACCAUUUAGUGUUCCUUUAACCUUAACCCUAAAACCGAAUUAACCUGUACCCAUUGUUAAUCCUUUCCCUAAGCCUACAGGGAACCAUAACCCUACCCUACCUUUUGGUCUGUGUUUUCAUAAUUACACUUUGUAUAAUUGGCUAGGAACCAGGUAUCCUUCAUAAUUGCACUGAGCACCGGUCACAUUCAGCUGGGGGACACUGUCAGGGUCUCCCUGAGCAACCUACAGACCAGACAAACCACCGCUGAGCGUGAUUGCUCUAUCGUGGUUUUAUGGUGCUAAAGGUCUCUGUGAAGCAAUGGACUGCAAAUAAGAAUGUGUGGCAAAAUACUGUGCUCAUUCAAUCAAAUACUGCUAUCAGCUGCGUUUGUUUUCUAGACUGAGCUUUACUUUGUUCUGGAGCAGGAGGAAGAGACCCUAAUGAAUGUCAUAGCCACUAGAGGAAUAGUUAAAUCUGCAAUUUCCGCAUAAAAUGGCCGGGACUACUGCACCCAGACAACUUUGAGAUGCAGUGGUUUGGGUGAUGUUAGUUGUCGUUUUUAAAGUCUAAUGAGAAAUUUAUUUUUUAUUUUUUUUUGUAUAUAAAUAAUUUGGAAAGCUCAUUAAACCGUGGCAUAAUGUAUAAAGAUAGUUUUGGUAUUUUUACAUUUUAUGAUAAUACCCACUUAGUGGGUAGCGUGGUGUUUGUUUUUGGUGGGGUGGGAGGGGUAGUUGGUGUGUAUCUUUCAUUCUUGAGGGCGAGCCCUGCGUCCGUCAGAGCGUUGCCAUGGGUUACUAUGGCAACACUCCGUGCGGCACACAGGCCGCGAGAGUUAGACAAGGGAGCUGCUGCACAGUCCAUGCCACUGGACCACCAGGGAAGAAGCAGGGGGAUGACGACUCUGACUGGCAUGUAUAUCUUGUGCAUUUACAAAAAUUUAAAUAAAAAUAAAUAAAAAAAUUUGCAAAAAAUAAAUAUAUUCAGCUAACAGUAGAUUUGUGUAUAAAUAGUUUAAUUUUUUAAAAUGGUAAAUGUACAGAGUAUUGGUAUCUGCUCUAAAAAAUCAAUAUCGGUCGAUUCCUACUAGUGACUUGGGUAAUAUUUCUUCCUUGGACAUGCACUGUAUAAUCAUAUAUUGUAACUAACCCUAUUUUUUGCGUGUGUGUGUUUAAAAUAAAACUAUUACAGUAUGUAAAACUUGCGCAGGAUCUUGUAUGAUAUAUAGAUCACACAGUAAAAAUUUUAACUAGAAAAUCAAUUUAAAAGGUGUGUGUGUGUAUGUGUGUAUGUAUAUGUAUAUAUAUGUAUAUGUAUAUGUGUGUAUAUAUAUAUAUAUAUAUAUAUAUAUAUAUAUAUACACACACACAGCAGUUAACAAGCUGGGCAUUUGCAGGUAUCAAAGACGUUUUGGGUAUAUUUUUGUGAGAUUUUGGUUUUAUGCAUUCUCUCGAUUACAAAAAAAUAGAAAAAUCUACUGUAGCCUUGUGUAUUUGGCAGCCCAUUGGCUAUACAUGCCAAAAUGCUGUAGAGGGGGGUAAUAACUGCCAGAUGGUUAUGCUCUAGUCUAGAACACCGCUUUCAUUCCACUUGCACUGUAAUGGUUAAUUCAGUGUACCGAGUCUGUUUUUUUUUUUUUUUUUCUUUUCAGAAUACAAUUUGUACCGAACAUGUAGUUGGACCUGCUCAUGAGUGAUAACUUGGUUGAAAUAAAUCACUUAUCAUAAACUGUUUGUAUGUAGGUUGUGGUGGGGGAGGUGCAGUCUGCGUAUCCAUGGCAACAGAUUAAGUCAGUCCAAUUUGCCCAUCCUGACCAAUCUACAGAAUUCUUUCGAGCUUGGUCAUGUGCUCCAGAGGUUUGCUGAAAAGAAAAUGAAUGAUUGGCUAGUGCCAAUUUAUUUAUAUUGCCACAAAUGAGUGCCCUUUUAUUUAUUUUUGUCAUUUGUGUAUAUGACAGAAGUUGCAUAAAUAUACUGAGAUAUUGAGUGCAGAACCCUUUUGAAUUUUGAGUGUGUGUGUAAUUGUUUUUUAUUUAAUUUUUUUUCCAAAUCUCUCCUGUAAUAACUUGCCAUCCGAAAAGAGUGGUUAUAGAAGUCAUACUUUCAUUCAGUAUAUCGAAUCCCACUGCAGUUUAUAAGUGUUGAGUCCUGAUAUGAUGCAGUUAAAUCUACCCACACACUCCAUGAUAUUUUAGAUGAAUCUUUUCUCCUUUUUGUAAAACAUUAUUGUAGAUAGAAGGGCCCAUAUCUGGCCCCCUAAGUAGUCUGAUGCAGACCAUGGCCAUUUAUCCCAAAAUAGUGAAGUAUGUUUGAGUCCUGGACAUGCUUUCUUAUGUCCAGUUUGCUUGUGACCUGGCUCACAUCAUGGCCAUGAUCCUGCCCAAAUUUGAUGUUUGAGUAGGCUGUGUGCUAAUGCAGUUUGGUUAUUCUGUAGUGGGUGUUGGAACUUUAAUGAUGAGGUUGGCUGCUGCACACCAUUCAGAGAAGAGGCCUCCAUUGAUACCUCUGCUUCGCUACGGGUACUGGGGAGGGGGUUGAGGGGUUUAUGUAGUGAUGUUUGAAUGGGCGUACAAAUGUUCUUCUGGUAGUGUGGCUCUAUGGCCCCCAUUUGAGACAACUGUGCCAGUAACUCCUAGAUAAAGUUACUUUAAGACCCUGGUAACUAGUGUUGGCAUACAAAAAAAAUAGAUCUGUAUCAAAAUAGCUGAAGCGAUGACACAGUACUUGAAGGGUGUUUUAUACUCUGACAGCUGAAAGCUGAUCCAUAAUGGAGAGCAGUUUGUUUAUGACCAAACACCUACACAUUCUCAUCCAUACACUUAGCGAUGUAGUCAUAGCUGGGUGUUUUCUUGUUUGUGAGGUUUUAAUUGCACCCAUUGUGUUUGUGUAAUUUUAUUAUUUGCUGAAAAUAUUUGAGUCCAUUCUCUGCAUUGUGGGGGAUGGGUGCCUUCUGCAGUCUUGACAAGGCAUUUCCUGGGGGAAGGGGGGGGGGAGGUUGCAGUUGUCAUGUAGGAUGGGGGUUUCUUUAGCAAGAGUGCAGAGGUUGGUGGCCCCAGGAGGCCUCUAGAGGGAGGGGCCACAUCCUUUAUUACAAGCAGAUUCUAUUUUUAGCAGUGCAUGAUAUUGAUUGUCUCCAAAGAACAGCUACUCCAAUUCCAACCCCUUAUAUCUUGUGGGGUUUUUUUUUUUUUUUAUUUAUUUAUUUUUUACAUUUAUAUUAACGACAUAAUUUAGUUCACAAAGGGGAUUGGAGACCAGUGCAUUCUGCUCAGCCCUUUUCAUUUAAUGUGUAUACGCUCCUAUUUCAUGUUCCUAAUUUUGGUCCUAUUCGGUGCUUCAUUUGCAUCUGUCAACAUAAUUUUUAGUUUAUCAGUUAUUUAUUUAAGGUCCUUGUAUAAUUGUAAAGUGCAAAAUGGUGACAAUAUAUAAACUCUAAUAUUACAACUAUGGAAAGGUAAGGGAAUUAAUUGAGCCAAACUUAUAUUUUGCUUAGUGAUCCUGUAUAUGAGAGAUAAUGUGUUUACAGCUUCUCCAGCAUUGCAUAUCCUCUCCUGAUCUCUCCCCGUCCCUCUUGACUAGUGUCUCUGACUGCCUCUCUGCUGUUUCUAACUGGAUGGCUGCCCACUUCCUUAAACUAAACUUGGCCAAAACUGAAAUUCUGGUCUUUCCUCCCUCAAGUGUUGCUACUCCUGUGUCUCUCUCCCUCCAAGUCAACGGUGCUACCAUCAGCUCCACCACGUGUUCUCUUUGACUCCAACCUCUCCUUCAAGCCUCAUGUUCAACCUAUCGCCAAAUCCUGUAAUUUCCAUCUCAAAAACAUUGCGCGCAUCCGCCCCUACUUAACGCCAGAUGCGACUAAGGUGUUGGUCCAUUCCCCUGUCCUUUACUUUCCUUGCCUUGACUACUGUAAUCCGCUUCUCAGUGGUCUUACAUGCUCCCAACUUGCGCCGUUACAGUCCAUAAUGAAUGCGACGGCAAGGCUCAUCUUCCUGUUCGCCCACACCUCCCAUGCCUCACCCUUCUGUCAGUCCCUACAUUGGCUUCCUAUAAAAUAUAGAGCUCAAUUUAAAAUUCUGGUUCUUGCUUUCAAAUCUCUACAUAAUGCUGCUCCCACCUAACUAUCCUCCUUUAUACACAAGUAUGUCCCGUCUAGGCCCUUACAAUCUGCUGAAGACUUACGUCUGUCUUCUGUCCAUACUCCCACCUCUGAUGCUCGCCUUCAAGAUUUCUCGAGGGCUGCACCGUUCCUGUGGAACUUGCUUCCCUCCUCCGUUAGAUGCUCACCCAGUCUCCACUCCUUAAAAAAAUCGUUAAACCGACUUAAAAGCGUAUCAAUUAAACUGUUAAUAGCUCCUGACUGAUUCCUCUUCUGCAACUGUCACUAGUCUAAUACUAUCCUUACCUUUUUGUGUCAUUUUACCCCACUCCCUCUAGCAUGUAAGCUCAUCGAGCAGGGCCCUCAACCCCUCUGUUCCUGUGUGUCCAACUUGUCUGGUUACAACUACAUGUCUGUUUGCCCACCCAUUGUAAAGCGCUGCGGAAUUUGACGGCGCUCUAUAAAUAUCAUAAUAAUAUCACAUCAUGAGAAACAAAACUGUUGCUGAUAUUGGCUUGUAUUUUGUAAUUUGGCUGGCAUAUCACAACAAUCUAUUUUGAUGGCUUUGUCCAUUCCAUUGUUAGACCUCUGUUUCAUAAGCCUUUUGUAUUUUGUGAGCUUGCAUCCCAUUUGCAAAUUAACACUAUGCUGUAUGUAGCAGCACAUGGGUCAAGAUAAUUGAAUUUGCAAAUCAUUCAAAAUGCAAAAGCACUAAACAUAUGAUGAUCCUUUUUGUUUUGGAUUUCUUUUCUCUUUUACCAAUGUGGUUCUACAGUGGGCUUAUAGUUAUGCAGAAACAGGGAGAAAAGAGACUGCAAAUAUAUAACCGAAUUAAAGCGUGUGUGUGUGUGUGUGUGUGUGUGUGUGUGUAUAUGUAUAUAUGUGUGUGUGUGUGUGUGUAUGUAUAUGUAUAUAUAUAUAUGUGUGUAUGUGUGUGUAUGUGUGUGUAUGUAUAUAUAUAUUUAUUAUGUGUAUGUAUGUGUAUGUGUAUAUGUAUAUGUGUGUGUGUGUGUGUGUGUAUAUAUAUAUAUAUAUAUAUAUAUAUAUAUAUAUAUAUAUAUAUAAUUAUACACGCGCUUUAAUUAUGCGAAAGAUAUGAGGCGUUGUAUAUUUAGACACUUUUGAUUUUAGUGCCUCACUGCAUAGAUUAAUUUGCCUUUGGAAUCGUACCCAGAUUACAUUUGAUGUUGGUGUGUAAUUGGGUAUAUGUGUUUUCUCAAGAACCUUCUUCGUCAUGAGAUUGGUAAUAUUGUUCUAAUGUAAUCUUCAUGAAAUUCUUAAUGAGAGCCAUAUCUCCUAAUGCUAUCUAAUCUAAACUUUACCAGAGGAUCCCCUGGUGAUAUUUAGUACUUCUGGGAGUUCAUUUGCCAGUUUAACACCUAUGCGGGCAUCUUUGUUUUAGUCCAUAGACUGUAAGCUUGUUUGAGCAGGGUCCUCUUCUACCUAUUGUUCCUGUAAGUUUUAAAAACAAUCUGUUUUCCUGGCAUUGCAGGUCCCCUCUCCCUCCCAAUCACUGGUAGCUGAAGGGGUGAAAACCCCUUCAGGUCACUUACCUGAGACCCCGCCGAUGUCCCUCGGCGGUUGUUUCUUUUCGCCGCCGCUCCUCCUAGUCAUUACAUCGGCCGGUGGGCGAGACUUGUGCAUUAGAGCUCCCCAUAGGAAAGCAUUGAAAAUGCUUUUCAAUGCUUUCCUAUGGGGAAUUGAGAGACGCUGGAGGUCCUCACACAGCGCGAGGACGUCCAGCGAUGCUCAAGCACAAGUUUUCUGUGCUAUAGAGCGGGAAGUGCCCUCUGGUGGCAGAAACUAAUCUUAUUGAUUAAUCUUAUUGAUUUUUUUGAUUGGGUAACUAAAACUAUAGAUCAGGGUGGUGCAGUAGACAUUGCUUACCUAGAUUUCAGUAAGGCUUUUGACACUGUUGCACAUAGAAGGCUUAUCAAUAAACUGCAAUCUUUAAGUUUGGAUUCCAAUAUUGUUGAAUGGGUAAGGCAGCAGUUGAGUGACAGGCAACAGAGGGUUGUAGUUAAUGGAAUAUAUUCGAAGCUUGGACUUGUCACCAGUGGGGUACCUCAGGGAUCUGCACUUGGACCCAUUCUCUUUAAUAUUUUUAUUAGUGAUAUUGCAGAAGGUCUUGAUGGUAAGGUAUGUCUUUUUGCUGAUGAUACUAAGAUAUGUAACAGGGUUGAUGUUCCAGGAGGGAUAAGCCAAAUGACAAAUGAUUUAGGUAAACUAGAAAAAUGGUCAGAAUUGUGGCAACUGACAUUUAAUGUGAAUAAGUGCAAGAUAAUGCAUCUUGGACAUAAAAACCCAAGGCAGAGUACAGAAUAUUUGAUAGAGUCCUAACCUCAACAUAUGAGGAAAGGGAUUUAGGGGUGAUUAUUUCUGAUGACUUAAAGGUAGGCAGACAAUGUAAUAGAGCAGCAGGAAAUGCUAGCAGAAUGCUUGGUUGUAUAGGGAGGGGUAUUAGCAGUAGAAAGAGGGAAGUACUCAUGCCAUUAUACAGAACACUGGUGAGACCUCACUUGGAGUAUUGUACACAGUACUGGAGACCGUAUCUUCAGAAGGAUAUUGAUACCUUAGAGAGGGUUCAGAGAAAGGGCUACUAAACUGGUUCAUGGAUUGCGGGAUAAAACUUACCAGGAAAGGUUAAAGGAUCUUAACAUGUAUAGCUUGGAGGAAAGACGAGACAGGGGGGAUAUGAUAGAAACAUUUAAAUAUAUAAAGGGAAUCAACACAGUAAAGAAGGAGACUAUAUUUAAAAAGAAGAAAAACUACCACAACAAGAGGACAUAGUCUUAAAUUAGAGGGACAAAGGUUUAAAAAUAAUAUCAGGAAGUAUUACUUUACUGAGAGGGUAGUGGAUGCAUGGAAUAGCCUUCCAGCUGAAGUGGUAGAGGUUAACACAGUAAGGAGUUUAAGCAUGCAUGGGAUAGGCAUAAGGCUAUCCUAACUAUAAGAUAAGGCUAGGGACUAAUGAAAGUUUUUAGAAAAUUGGGCAGACUAGAUGGACCGAAUGGUUCUUAUCUGCCGUCACAUUCUAUGUUUCUAUGUUUCUAUGAGUUAACCCUGCAAGGUAAUUAUUGUAGUUUAUAUUAAAAAAAAAAAAAAACUGCAAUAAUUACACUUGCAGGGUUAAGGGUAGUGGGAGUUGGCACCCAGACCACUCCACUGGGCACAAGUGGUCUGGGUGCCUGGGGUGUCCCUUUAAAUCCACCCUCAUAUAAUAUUGUAAAGGGCUACGGAAUCUGUUAGCGCUAUAUAAAUGCCAAUAAUAAUAGGAUAAAUCCUACCUCUUGUCCCUUUAGACUGAUAACUACUUGAGCAGUGCAAAGGAUACACUAUCCUUUUUACCCUUGACAGGGCUCACAUUUUUCACUAGCCAAUGGCAUGUGAAUGUGUUGACUUUUUCCUUUUUUUUUUUUUUUUUUUCCUCUCCUGCAACUGCAUUAACAAAUGAAAAGGCGUGUCAAUGAGGGCUAUAUCAGAAUGUUAACAAGCAAAAUUGUUCAUGAGUGAGAGUGAUAAAUGAUAUAAGUAAAACAUUGAAAUAAAGCAAUAAAUUGUAUCGGAGAAGACCUGUUUUCACAAUAGAACAAUAAAACUAUUAUAGCUGUGAACAGUGAUACAUGUCCUGUAGGUCUCCACACACCGCAUACACCUCUACACCACAAGCAUAGAUUAUAGACCAGUGGUUUCUAACCCAGUUCUUAAGGCACACCAGCUAUUGAGCAUUUUCCAGUUCUGUUCCUGUGGGGAUAAUGGCAAAAUCUAAAGUUCAGGCCUGUUUUAACACUGAAUUGGGAACAAGUGGUAUAAUGUUUGGUGUGCCUAUUGGGAGUAGAACUCUUAUUUGCAGGUCUACUGUUUGUACAUUGUCAAUGGGAAGAGCAUGGUCUCUGCACUCCAAUAAUUUAGAUUUAAAUAUUAAAAGGGACAGGGGCACUGCACCCAGACCAAUUCAAUGAGAAGUGGUGUGGGUGCCUAAAGUGCCCCUUUCAUUUUUUUUUACUUAUUUUUAUUGAAAAGUUUUAGAAAUAAAAAGGAGUACAAAUCAUGGAUAUGAAACUCAACAUAGCAAUGGAAUCACGUUUUACAUUACAGUGUACUUCACAGAAAAUAGGAUGGGAGAUAAACACUUAUCUAGCUGGUAAAAGGGCAUAUAGUCAGAUUAGCAAUUUCAUAUUAAGUCAGGCGUUCCCCUUGCUUCCCUCCAAUGUGUGUGAUCCAUGGUUUCCAGAUGUCGGUAUACUGUGAAAUCCUCCCGAACGAUGCCCACCUGAGUUUCUUCAGAGCCCGAAAGUGUUCCACUUUGGCUGCCCCUUCUCGGUACCUUAUACGGGAUGUAUAUUUCCAUUUAAUCGCUAUUACAGAUUUUGCCGCCGCUUACAUAAAGAAUAGGAGGGAGUAUUUGAAUUUCUGAAGUGGCAUAUCUGUUAAGAAGAAGCAUUGUGUCUCACACGGCAGCAUACAGCCAAUGAUUUCCCCCACUUUAAGGUUGACCAUUUCCCAGAAGGGUCUUAGAUUCCCACAGUGCCACCACAUGUGGCCUAUAUCCCCGUCUCCUCCUCCUCCUCCGCGCCAACAGAGUGGGGGUGUAUCUGGGCGAAACCUGUGAAUUUCUUGUGGGGUUCGAUACCAUGUUGAGAGGAGCUUAUAAUUUAGUCUUGUGAAGGGAGACACUCGUGUGGGCAUAGAAGGUUUUGCGGAAGAUCAACUCCCAUUCCCUUUCGCUCAGUGUGCAACCCAGGUAAUGUUCCCAUUUGUGCGUGAAUCAUGGGAGCCCGUUGUGUAUAUGUGUCUGGAGUAAGUUAAGGCACUUUGAUAUUGCUUUUGUCACUGAUGAUGUGCUCGAGCAUAGUCGUUCAAAUUCGGUAGAAUUCGGUUUAGUCUCCAGGAGGUGGGGGGAAAGUUAAUUAACGAACGUCUUGUAGUAGGCCGAUGAGAAACCAUCCGGGCCUGGAGCUUUAUUGUGAGGGGUUGUAGCUCCUCUAUCGUGAAAGUGGCGUCUAGUGAUUGGCUGUCUGAGUGUGAGAGUUUCCUAUGCGUGUUUUUCUCCAGAUAUAACCGCAUCGCCCAUUUAAUUUUUAGCUCUAUCUGUUCUGUUUGUUCUCUACCAGCUGCCUUACAGUUUGUUUGUGUGUGUGUGGUUUUUUUAUUUAUUUUUAUUCUCUCUCCCUCAGAAGCACUGAAGCGCCUCUAGCGGCUGUCAAUGAGACAGCCACUAGAGGCUGGAUUAACCCUAUUGUAAACAUAGCAGUUUCUCUGAGACUGCUGUGUUUACAGCUGCAAGGUUAACCCUAGAUGGACCUGGCACCCAGACCCCUUCAUUGAGCUGAAGUGGUCUGGGUGCCUAUAGUGGUCCUUUAAUCCAGCAGCAAGAAGGUUCCUUGGUGCAUCUCAACACUAUGGGGACCCAAUUCUUUUUGUCUUGACUCUGGCAAGUGUCAUGAAUUUUGUAUGCAAAAUCAGAGUAAGCAGGAAGUAGAGUAAUAUGAGAAGGUAGUCCUGCCUUUAUAGCAGAUAUAGUAUAGAGUAUGAUUACUUUUUUAUUUUAUUUGCUGCAAACUUUAUAUUAAGAUAAAUGCUUAUUCUGUGUUUUUUUUUUCUUUUUUUUUGUUUAUACUCGGGCAGCAAUAAUUCACCAACUCCUUAUUGAUAUCUGAUUGUAUACUUCAUGUGAAAUGGCUAGUUGGGCAUUAUGUUUACUUAUGCCCCUGUCUUUUCUCGCCUCCUUUUCAUGAUUUGCGAUAUAUAAACCAUCUUUGGAAUAAUAAUGUUAACUUUGUGUAUAAUCUUAUAUUUAUAAAUAGGAGUCGAGAAAGCCGCAUAAAAUGUCCCCUGUGAUACAAGCAUGCCAAUUAUUGGAUUCCAGCUCUGGAACAUUGUGUGAAGUACAUUAUGUUAUCAUUAGUACAACAAAGGCAAGUCAAUUGGUAUUGCCAAGACCUGAGCUUCUUAAUCUAAAAAGCCUUUCAAAGUACAAGCAGGGCAGUGCUUGCAACUUUCCCUUGGACUGUAUCUGUCAGUGAAGCUCAGGGCAUCUUGUGGCCUAAACAUGUUCUCAUGCUUUUGCAGUGUGGUUUCUUUUGAAACGCACAAAAUUGAGUUCUAUUGGGGCCGUGCAUGCCCACACCUGCAAGCUUUAUGCUUUUUUUUUUUUUUUUUAAAUGUUCAGUCUGUACAUAUAUCAUACUAGGUCUUGCAUGUAUAGCUGUGGUUUUUUUAAAAAUAUAUAUACCUGUAGGUACCCUUUACUAACCAAUCUCCCAUGGCCAGUAUACUGCUGGCUGGUACUACCUGCUCGGCCAUUCAUAAUUUAAUAGUAAAAUGUUACAAAACUCAUUCAUCCUGCAGUAAGGCACCUCUUUCCUCCGCAGUCCAUGUCACAUUGUGUCUCUUCCCAGCUGCUUUUAAUAUAGUUCAAUGAGAAGGCUUGCUUGAUAUUUUCUAUACUCCCAAAGAAAACAUGCAAAAAGGACUGCAUGUGUGUGUAUGUGUGUGUAUGUAUGUGUGUAUGUAUGUGUAUAUAUAUAUAUAUAUAUAUCAAUAUAAUAUAAUUUUUUUUUUUUUUAAUUUUUUUUUUCUUUGGGGUUCAAUUUUGUAAUGGAUCACCUGGCACCCCGACUGGGUACCUCCAUUAACAGAUGCUCUUAGUGCUCACCAAGGACCAUCAACACUGCAGUCCCCACGAACUGCUGCAGUUUGGUUAGGGUCUCUCCGUCUCCUACCCACAAUGGACCUACGACAAGGCUCCAGGUUCCAGUGGGUGAACCUCUCUUCCUCCAGAGAGCGAAGCAGGAACAGCUCUUACAAGAGUUAGUGAUUAUUCAAGGGAGUAUGAAGAGCAUAGCAAUCCCUUGUAGCAGUUUCCCCCCAAUAAGAGACAGUACUCUAAAUUGAGGGUGAAGUAGAACAGAAGGUUUAAUGAUACAGGCUUGAUUUUUAUAUACGAUUUUCCCAACAAGGUUUACGCUCAGCUGGAUCUUGUUGGGCACCAGACAUAAAACAUACAGGCCAAUCAGCAACAGUGUGAUCAUGAAUAACACUCCCACAUACUGUACGCAAUCCCUCCCCUCUGCCUGUGAUAUAAUUACUGACGACAAAUGACUAACUCAAUUAACUUUAACAGAAUAAACAUACAUUUUUUAAAUAUGACCCAAGUACCCCAAAAUUAAACACAUUCCCAUAAAGUUAUCACCUGAUAGCCCUGAUCUGGGUGAACAACAUAUCCAAAAAUCAUCCAGAUCAGAGCAGGGGUUCAGGAAAUUCCUGGAAGUGAUAUUUGACCGACCGCAAACAUGGCUUCAUGCCCAAAACCGUUCCAGAGAAUUAGGCUGUGUGGACAGUCUAUUUUUAAUGUAUAAGUUUAGUUUGAAUAGUCAAAUGGGAACUGUUCGUGCACAUAGUCAAUGUUAAAAGUGCCGUUUGAAUUGACGAAUGCUGUUCGAUUCCUGUUGUCGCAGUCCCGGAGAAGGUAAAGUUUCAGCGGUCUUCGUGCCGUCGCGUUUACAAUUUGAGUUCCAUGAACUCAACGAGAAAACACAGCUGACCUCGUUCGACUAAAUAAAAUGGCCGCGGCCACGUGUUUGAAUGGCGACUACAUCGACACUUCGACUGUUUCGAAGUGCCACUUUGAAAGUGUAAAUCUGUUCCAACAGUAUUUAAAGAGGCAGAAACAGUGCCUUAAAACCAAAUCAGUCACAGGGAUCAUAAUCCCAAGGUAAAAGGCUGGCCAUGAGUCCUCUCCAAAAACCAGUGGCGAAGUGGCUUUUGCCACUAAUUUAUCUUUGUAGCUUUCUUCUAGGGGGUUUUCAAGAAUUAUGCAAUUUGGGUGCAAUGAUACCUCUGUCUGCUUUAGCUUUUUAACCCCUUAAGGACUGGACUGUUUUUGCGAUGUUGUACAUUUGCGACCAGGUAUAUUUUUACACUUUUGUGGUGUUUGUGUUUGGCUGUAAUUUUCCGCUUUCUCAUUUACUGUUCCCAUACAAAUUAUAUAUUGUUUUUUUCAGGACAAAAGGGGCUUUCUUUACAUACCAUUAUUUAUAUAAUCCCAUGUAUUUUAAUUUAAAAAGAAAUAAAAAAAUAUGAUGAAUUGAAAAAAAUACAUUUUUUUUUUUUUACUUGAAAAAUCUUUUACUCAUCUACAAAAGCGAAUGGGGAAAAAAACUGCUAAAUAGAUUCAAAAUUUUGUCCUGAGUUUAAAAAUACCCAGUGUUUACGUGCUUUUUUUUUUUUUUUGCAUGUUAUAGGGCUAUAGGUACAAGUAGGCUAUUGCGGUUUCAAAACAUACAUUUUUAAAAUUUAUCAAUAGUGCCAUUGUAACACUAUUAUCUGUCAUAAAUCUCUGAAUAACACCCCACAUGUACAUAUUUUUUUUUAAAGUAGACAACCCAGGGUAUUCAAUAUGGGGUAUGUCCAGUCUUUUUUAGUAGCCACUUAGUCGAAAACACUGGCCAAAGUAAGCAUUCAUAUUUGUUUGUGUGUGAAAAAAGUAAAAAAACUAAAUUGAACGCUAAUUUUGGCCAGUGUUUGUGACCAAGUGGUUACUAAAAAAGACUGGACAUACCCCAUUUGCAAUACCUUGGGUUGUCUUCUUUUGCAAAUGGUAUGCCAUUCAUGGGGGUUCUCAUUCCUGGGCUACCAUACGCUCUCAAAGGCAACGUAACCAACCUGGCCAUUUUCAAUGUAAAAAUAUUUGACCCAUAUAUUUGACCUUGUAACUUUCAAAAAUGCUAUAAAACCUGUACAUGGGGGGUACUGUUUUACUCGGGAGACAUCGCUGAAUACAAAUAUUAGUGUUUAAAAACUGGAAAACGUAUCACAACAAUUAUAUCAUCAGUAAAAGUGCUGUUUGUGUGUGAAAAAUGCAAAAAAAGUCACUUUCACUGACAAUAUCAUCGCUGUGAUAUGUUUUACUGUUUUGAAUCACUAAUAUUUGUGUUCAGCGAAGUCUCCCGAGUAAAACAGUACCCCCCAUGUACAGGUUUUAGGGUGUCGUAGAACGUUACAGGGUAAAAUACAGUGCUAGCAAAUUAAAUUCUCUGGAAUUUCGGCCUGGGUUGGCAGGCAGGUUCCUCAAAUUGCAAUCAAUAAAAUUACUGAAUUAUGUAAAAAUAUUACAUAAAUACGCACGUAGAAUUUAAAUAUAUAUGCAUAUUUAUAUAUUUGAAGUCUACGUGUAUAUUUAUAUAAUUAUGUAAUUUUGUAUAUGGACAUAUGUAUAUUUCGUAUUUUUAUUUAUUUAUAUAUACAUAGAUAUAUAUACAAAUUCAUUCUAAGUGUAUUUUGAUAUAAAUAUAUAUAUUUUAAAAUAGUUAGAAUAAAAUUUCAUAUAGAUAUAUAAUUUAAAUUUUUAUUUAAAAAAAAAUUAUUUAAAUUACUUAUUUAUAUUUUAAAAUAUAUAUAUACAAUAUAUAGUUAUUUUUAUAUAUAUAUAUAUAUAUAUAUUAAUUUAAUUAUAAGUGUAUUUUUAUAUUAAUAUAAGUACAUAUUAAUAUAAAAAUACACUUAGUAUGGCUGUGUGUGUGUGUGUGUGUGUGUGUAUCUAUCUAUCUCAUAUAUACACAUAUAUAAUUUUAUUUAUUUUAUUAACAUUAACUUUAUUUAUUUUUUUAUUUUAUUUUUUUUUUAUUGAUUUUACACUAGCAGGGAGACACAUGGACACCUAUUUUGACCAUGUGAUCGCUGUGCUGAGUGAUCACAGGGGUCCUAAUCCGGUGUGAGCUGUCUGUCUGUCUGUCUGGGCUGCAGGCAGUCUCCCCACACCGGGAGCCACGCUGAUCGCCGCCGGGGGAACGACGGCGAUCAGGUAAGUAACUCAGACCGUUAGGACGGUUCAGGACGGUCAUCGGUCGGCAACGCAAAAAUGCAGAUGACGGUCCUGACCCGUCCUCGGUCGUUAAGGGGUUAAACUGCACUUAGUGUUAACAAAGCAUGCACCUAUUUUGAUACCACAAGUGUCUUUUGGGAAGCACACUUUAUCAGCAAACUACUCAAAUAAUUUGAAAUAGCUGAUGUUAAAGUUGUGUAAGUGUAUUUGUGGGGGGUGGUUGUUUUGCUUACAGUGAACUAUAAUAUUACAUAAAUAUCACAGUAUGUCUUGCCCGCUGACUGCACUAUGGAUAAACAUUUAGCUUCUACCUUGCUGCUUAAAUGUGGUUGUGUUUUAUUUAUUUUUUUUUAUUUUUUUUUGUUUUUUUUAGUUUUUUUACAUUUUUUUUUUAUUUUAUUUAUUUUUUAAUUUAAAAAAUAAAGUCUAGAUUUUUCUCACUCCGCUAUUUUAGUUAAAGGUAGAUUCCAAGUGCCUUAAAUAUGUUUAGGUAUUCUAUAAUAUGCUUUAAAAAAAUAAGUAAAAAGAACAAGCUAUAUUAUAUUGCUUUAAAGGACUACUAUAGUGCCAGGAAAACACUCGUUUUCCUGGCACUAUAAUGCCCUGAGGGUGCCCCCACCCUCAGGGACCCCCUCCCGCCCGGCCCUGGGGAGAGGAAAGGGGUUAAGCUUUUUUUCCAACGCCGGGCGGAGAGCUCUCCGCCUCCGAUCCUCCUCCUCUCCUCCCAUUCGGCUGAAUGCGCACGCGUGGCAAGAGCUGCGCGCGCAUUCAGCCGGUCUCAUAGGAAAGCAUUUACAAUGCUUUCCUAUGGACGUUUGCGUCUUCUCACUGUGAUUUUCACAGUGAGAAUCACGCAAGCGCCUCUAGCGGCUGUCAAUGAGACCGCCACUAGAGGAUUUGAGGGCUGGAUUAACCCAUUUAUAAACAUUAGCAGUUUCUCUGAAACUGGUGUGUGUGUGUGUGUGUGUGUGUGUGUGUGUGUGUGUGUAUAUAUGUAUGUGUAUAUAUGUAUGUGUAUGUAUGUGUAUGUGUAUAUAUAUAUAUAUGUGUGUGUGUGUGUGUGUUAACCCUAGCUGGACCUGGCACCCAGACCACUUCAUUAAGCUGAAGUGGUCUGGGUGCCUAGAGUGGUCCUUUAAGUAUUUAAAUGAUUAGAGAUAUAUAUAUAUAUAUAUAUAUAUAUAUAUAUAUAUAUAUAUAUAUAUAUAUAUAUAUAUAUAUAUAUAUAUAUAUAUAUAUAUAUAUAUUACACACAAGUUUUCUAAAUGAGUUGAGUAAGAGGUGGCAGUCAGGAAGGGAUAUAGAGAAAAGGGGCUUGGCUAGGCUCAUUAAGUGGGCAUGCAAAAAGAUAGAAUUGGUGGGCAGACAAAGGUACAUAUAGAAAGGGGAUGGCAAGAGCCUGGAAAGGUGACGUGAAGGGGCAUGGGGUACAUGCACACUAAUGUACUUGCGCUGGUCAAGGAAAGUUCCACGGUGUCUCUGGGUGUAUGACACCAGGGAACUAAAUCAAGACGCUGGAGCAGAACCUUGAAAUCCGGACUUUCCCACUGAAAUUAGGGUUUUUGGGAGCCCUGAAAAUGGUAUGCAGUUAGUUGGAUCUUGAUCUCUGUAGGUAGAUAUAUAGCAAUGAGAUGGCACAUUUAAAACGGGGAACCCUUGAAUACCAAACUAUUGCUGUAAGGACAAGGAUUCCUAUUCAAUUAAAAUGGUCUGUUCUAUCAGGGAAGGCCAAAAUUUUUAUCGGUGAACUGGUUCAGAGUUCCUAAUGUCAUUAUUGUAUCUAAAUGGUGGUUUUUGUUUAAAUUCUUCUUGAGUUCUCAAUGUUCUGACCUGUUGCCCUUUUUGUCUCUGCAGCCUCUGAUAACAGCCAGCGCUUUCAAGAAACUUGCUUUGCAUUUGCAUUAACCCCGCAGCAAGUUCAGCAAAUCAGCAGCUCCAUGUAAGUCUGUUUCUCCAUCACCCUCCUAAAUCUCCCCUAUCCCUCGCCAUUCCUCACUUGGCAGUAGUAUAUCUCCUAAUAGAAUCAGUGUGCUGAAUGAAGACUAAAGUUACAGCUGAGACUUCAAGGGAUUUAAGCGUUGUUUUGAUAGAUUUGGCAGUGGUAAAUUAUCUUUUGUAGCAUGUAAAGAUAUUGUACGUAUUUUUGUGGUAUAGACACGCUUGCGCGUGUGUUAUUUAUAUAUUUUUCAUGGCUGUAACAAUGUUUUCUCCAUUUUUUUAUUUUUUUUUAUUAUUUUUUUUUUUACACUUCGGUGAUCUGGAGUAAAAUAAUGCCAUUCUUUCCCUAGAUCAGUAGCGAAUUCUGGUCAGAUCAUAUGGGCAACACUCAAAAUAAUGUAUAUCAGCCUACCUAAAAUUCGUCAUAGAUCCUCUGAUAUCCCCUUCGUUGGUUGUAAAGUUGUUUACAUGUACUUCAUGGGCAUUCUGGUUAACUAAUUCUCAAAUUUUUCUUAAUGUUUUUUUUUUUUUCUAUUUCCAGGGAUAUCUCUGGGACAAAGUGUGACUUCACAGUACAAGUACAGCUUAGGUGAGUGAUAUAUAAUUAGCAGUAAUGGGCAAGUUGUACUAAUAUAUGUCUCACAAAGUGACAUAUGCUAAAUGUUAUUAAAGGAUCUCAAUGCACCAUAGCCACUACAAUGUGCUGUAGUGCCUAUGGUACCUGGAGUGUUAACCCCCCAUUUAUCCUUGAUGCUAUGCAAGGAAUCUUAUCUGAUGUUGAAUAGAGUAAAGAUUAUGCUGACAGAAAAUAUUCUGAUAAAGUAUCAAAAAAUCCAAAUCCGAAUUUUUUUUGGCUUGCACUACUCAGAAUCAACUGGUCCACCUUCUUCAGUUAACUGUGUGGUCAGUAGGAUUCUUUACUGGUCCACCUUCUCUAGUUAACUGUGUGGUCAGUACAGUAGCGUACUAAGGGGGGGAGGGCGCGGUGGGGGUGGUCCGCCCUGGGUGCCACUCACUAGGGUGGUGCCCGGGGCGAACUUUCACAGGGGCGUCAUUCUGAUCUAGCAGCAGCAGGUCCUCUGUUCUCGUUAUCCGUGAGAGCGUUGCCGCGGGUUGCCAUAGGAACCUGCUGCUGCUGCUGGAUGGGAAAUAAGCAUGCAGAGUUCUGGGCCCCUCUUCACUGCCCAUCUAAAGCUGUGCCACCGGACCACCAAUCGAGGAGGAUUGGACGGGCAGGUAAGUGGCAGCACUUAUUUCACACCUCAUAAUCACCACAUCUGCAUACACUAUACGCACACUGCAUACACGCACAAUACAAGCGCACACACUGCAUCCACUAUGCAAACACACACUUAUACCUGUGUAUCUGUAUGUGUGCCUGUGUCUCUCUCUGUAUGUGUGUUUGUAUCUGUAUGUGCGUCCGUAUCUGUGUAUGACUGUGUUUCUAUAUGACUGCAUGUGUGUAUCUGUAUGUGUGCCAGUGUGUGUAUAUGUGAGCAUAUGUGUAUACGUACAUAAAUCUCAGCAUUUCGUCUACACUACACACAAAUACAACCCUGCAUCCAAAUGUCAACACUACAUAGACACCAACAUAUUCAAAAACCACACUACAGAAAAAUGCACGCCUGCAUUCAAAUGCCAAUACGUUCAAACACACCCGUACAGUCACUCACACAAACUCCAUACAAAAACAUGCUUACAUUAAAAAUAUACAAACCCUGCUCAGUGCCAAAUACAUUUAAAAAAUGUGCUGUUGUUUUUUAAAUUUCAAAGUUGGGAGGUGGGUGGGGGGGGUGCCAAAUAAAGGAUCCGCCCCGGGUGCCAAAUGCUCCAGGUAUGCCCCUGGGUCAGUAGGAUUCUUUACUCCCAAUUCUACGAUCCAGUGACCCAGUAUGAGGAUUAAGUGCAGAGAGACAAACGUGCAAAAUCUUUGCUUUAAAGUGCUUUAUAAGCCUAAAAUGUAGUCCAAUUAUAGUGUAUCAUCUCUGAAAAGCAGUCAAUUUCUGACUGGCCACAAGAUGCCAGUGUUUCAGAAAGAACAUUGCUACAGGAACCAGAUCCAUUGUGUCUUAUUUACAAGACUUUCUAUAUGGUACAUCAAUUCCUUAUUGUAUACAAAUCCCAAAAUCCCCACUCUUAAAAAAUAUAUACUGUAUUCUUUUCAGUGUGUUGUUGUACCUGUAACUAUAACACUAAAACAUGUACUCAUUAACACUUGCAUGCAAAAUGAACUUAUUUCUUCACUAGGGUAAUAUAAAUAUGUAUUUCAAUGCAAUCAUAAUUUCUUAACAAAUAUGUAAAAUUUCAAUCAUCCCUGAGGUAUCCAUUUUGCUGUUACUGCCUUUCUGCCGUAAAGGUGUAGUAGUCCCUGUUGCCAUUUAGUUUACAUUCUUGAAAGAAUAUUAAUUUGUAUUGCUACAAACAGUUAUGUAGGCCAGUGGUUCCCAAACUGUGGGCACACAGGGGAGCCGCAAGUUAUUUUCCCGGUGCUGUGAUGAUAGCACCGGGAACUGGGCUCUUCCCUGCCGGCUCUGCAUGACCGGAGGGGAGAUCAGAGAUCUCCCUCUCCGGCAUGCUAGCACUUUGCUGACUGCUGGCAGGGGAGGGAGAGAUGAUCCGGUGGAGCUCUAACAUGCAGCUCCGCAGGGUUCUCCUCUUGUGAGCCCAGAGCGUUGCCACGGUUGCCACGGCAACGCCCUGAAUCUCUCGAGCGUGAACUCUAGCAGCUCCCGAGGCUGAUAGAGUUCACUGUCCCCACCAGGGAUUGCAGGAAAUGUCCCCCCUCCCAGGCAAAGGUAAGCAGGGAGUGGGGGGACAUCUAUGUUUUUGUGUUUUGUUUUUUCUUCACACACACGGCCCCUAUCCCGGCAGACCCCAGGUAAGUUGUCAAACUGUUCUUAAACCGUUUGACUACUUACCCUGGAAGGGCACUACUGGCACCAUGACCACUACAACGUAAUGUAGUGGUUAUUGUGCCUGGAGUAAUUUUUUUUUUUUUUUUUUAAAUCUACCAGUGCCACUCCCAAGAUUAGGGGCACAGUAUAUGCUGCAGCGCUGUUCAUAUAUACAACCUAGAAAAUUGUUUUGACUUUAGGUGCCUUGGAAAAAUAUUACAUAGUUAUAUAGCUGAAAAGAGACUUGCGUCCAAGUUCAGCCUUACUCACAUUUGUUUUUUUGCUGUUGAUCCAAAAGAAGGCAAAAAAACAGUUUGGAGUACUUGCACCAAACUUCUUUACCCUAGAAUGUCAGCCAGAUUAAGCCUUGGAUCAAGCAGCUAUUACCCUACAUUUAAAGAUUAUAUCCUUGAAUAUUCUGUUUUUGCUAGUAUGCAUCUAGUAGCUGUUUGAACAUCUGUAUGGACUCUGAUAAAACCACUUCGUCAGGCAGAGAAUUCCACAUCCUUAUUGUUCUUACAGUAAAAAAACAUUUUCUUUGCCUUAGACGAAAUCUUCUUUCUUUCAGUCUAAACGCAUGACCUAUGUAAAGUACAGUUUGUGAAUAGAUUUCCACUUAAUAGUUUGUAUUGGUCCCGAAUAUAUUUGUAUAAUGUUAUCAUAUCCCCUCUCAGGCAACGUUUUUCUAAACUAAAGCAGUUUAAAUUUGUUAACCUUUCUUCAUAGCUGAUAUGUUCCAUUCCUUUUAUUAAUUUUGUAGCCCGCUGUUGCACUUUUUCUAGUGCCAUAAUAUCCUCCUUUAGAACAGGUGUGCAAAAUUGCACAGCAUAUUCAAUAUGUGGUCUUACCAGUGAUUUAUAAAGAGGCAAAAUUAUAUUCUCAUCCCGAGAAUGAAUGCCUUUUUUCAUGCAUGACAGUACCUUACCGGCCUUAGCCACUGCUGAUUGACAUUGCACAUUGUUGAAUAGUUUGCCUAUAACAAUUCCCAAGUCCUUUUCGUGUGUUAUCCCUAAUUUGCAUCCAUUAAGGUUAUAUGUUGCUUGUGCAUUCUUUACACCGAAGUUCAUAACUUUGCAUUUUUCAACAUUUAAUUUCAUCUGCCAUUUGAGUGCCCAGUCUAUCUAAAUCCCUCUGCAGCAAAGUAAUAUCUUGCUCACAUUGUAUUACUUUACAAAGUUUUGUGUCAUAUUGAAAUAUUAAGGGCGCCUUGAACCUAAUACGUUUGGGAACCACUGGUGUAGGCAAUAAAAAAAUAAAAAAUCAGAAAAUAACAAAUGUUAAAAUAAAGUGUGUUAAUCCUAAAUCUCAAUAAUAUCACAAUGUCCUUGUCUUUCCAGGUUCUGCCUCUCGGAAACCAGCUGUCCUCAAGAAGAUCACUUUCCACCCAAUCUGUGUGUGAAAGUAAAUGGGAAGCCAUGUAAUCUACCAGUAAGUGAGCCCUAUUGAAAUAUAAUCAAUGCUUGCCUUAAACAAAAAUAAAUCCCCCUAUUCCUCCAUCAAACCAUGGGCUCUUCUAAAGAAUUGUUUCUCAUACAGGGUUAUCUUCCACCAACCAAAAAUGGGGUUGAACCAAAGCGACCAAGCCGACCAAUCAACAUUACCUCACUUGUGCGACUGUCUACAACUGUUCCCAACACAAUUGUGGUGUCUUGGACAGCAGAAAUUGGAAGGGUAAGCAUGUCCCUUGAGUUUACUUUAUUUUUUAUUUUAUUUUUGUCUAUAAAUGUUAAGCUUAUUUUAUUCUUAACACAUUCUCUUUGCUGGAUAUGAAACCUAUUCCUGUGCGUACAUCCCUCUGAUAAAUUCUCAGUUAUAGUUAUAAAACUGGACUACAAAAAAGGAUUGUGAGUUCAAGCAGUGAAAUAUUGAAGGAAUAUAUAACAUUAAGCAUACAAACGUGUAUUUCUAAUGCUAUAGUUAUAAACUACCAAUUUAGGUCAAUAAAAAUUGGGGCGAUGUGACGGACCGCCUGGCACUCCGACAGAGUACCUCCGUCAAUUGAUGCUCCUAGCGCUCGCUGAGGACUUCCAGCACUUCAACCGACACCAUCAACACUGCAGACCCCACUUCCAGCGAUGCAGCUGCGCCGGGGUCUUGUCAUCCUUAACCCACCCUGGACCCAAGGCCAGGAUCCAGCUUCCAGUGGGCAGGCCUCUCUUCCUCCUGAGAGCAUAGCAGGAACAAGCACAGCUCUUACAAGAGCUAUCCCUGGGGAGUAUAGUGUGACUAUAGCAAUCCCCAAGAGUGUAGUUCUCCAAUCCCCAAGCAUGAAGGGUUAAAGCAGGUCUGUUUAAUGGCAGCAAAAUACUCACAAUUUAUGUAGUGUUUCAGGCCAGAAGCACACCCCCUGGAUCAAUGGUACACAAGCAAACAAAGAAUACAAACCAAUAAGAACACUGUAAUAAUGCCACAUACAGCAAACAAUCCCUCCCCUCUGCCUGUGAUAUAAUUAAAAUAGCUAACACAAUAAACUAAUUAUCUAAAGGCAGAAACACAUAAGCCCAGAAAACACCCCAAAACAUAAGAUACCCCCAUAAAUCAUAUAUCACUGGAUAGCCCUGAUCUGGGUGAACAAAAUAUUCAAAAAUCACCCAGAUCAGAACAGGGGUUCAGAAGAUCCAUGGAAGUCUUUUUGACCGACCGCACGCACAUUUUCAUGCCCAAAACAGUUCCACAGAUUUGGGCUGUGCGGUCAGUCUAUUCAUCCCAAUGUAAAUGUCAUUUGAAUGCACGAACAGAUGCCGCUCGUGUAAAUAGCAAUGUCAACUUGGCGUUCGAAUAGUCGAACGCUAUUAGACUCCAUUCGAAUGGUAAGCGUUCCAAAGUUGGUAAAACUUCAGCGGUGUUCGUGCCGUCAAGUAGCCGUUUUCAGUUCCAUGAACUCGACGGCAAAACACAGCUGACCGCGUUUGGCUGAAUUAAAAUGGCUGCCGCCACGUGUUCGUUUGUUGAAUGGCGGCUACUUCGGCACUUCAGCUGCAUCCGAAGUGCCAAUUUAAAGUUGCAGAAGUACUUAAAGGGCCAGAAAAAAUAGUUUAAGGUCCAAUAAGCCCAAACAGAGCUUUUGAAGGGCAAUACUGUCCAGGGGCCAUAAUCGCAGGGCAAGAGGCUGGCAAGCAGGCCCCUCCAAGCACAAGUUACGGUUUACUAGAAAUGCAAAAUUGUUUCUUAAAACUAAUGUAGCACAAUCUGGAAAAUAGAUAGAUAUUCUGAAUGGCCUCUACAUUUUUAACAAGGGAGGUUUUUUUUUCAUAUUUAUUUUUUUUCAAGCUUCCAUUUUCUGCCAUAACUUGACACUGAUGGUCAGUGUUACACUGGUAAUUGGAAAUUUUCUACAAGUCUUGGGUUAAAGGAGCAGUUCGGCCACCAUAGCAACUUCAUCUCAAGGAAGUUAUGGUGCCACAAGGUCGUGAAUUGUGAAGAGUGUGCGUGUCAGCUUCUCCCUCUGACUUCCCUGAAAUUUCAGAGGGUUCAAUGAGGGCAUCGGACUGGGUGCCACUGAUUAAACUUUUUGAGGGAGAGAUUUUGCUACUAUAAUGACCUUGGCUCCGUGCUGCACAUUAUAGCCCGCUGCAUCAGCCUCAAAGCAAAAUUCCGAAAAGAAUACAAUCUGUACUCAUGCUAGCACAUUAGUUUUAUUUAAACGAUACUGUUUAUAUAACUUAGAUCUUUAAAGUAGUUUUACUUAAAAAUCCUACACUUAAAGGGACACUAUAGUCAUCAGAACAACUACAGCUUAUUGAAUUUGUUCUGGUGAGUAGAAUCAUUACCUUCAGGCUUUUUGUUGUAAACACAGUCUUUCCAGAGAGAAUGCAGUGUUUACCUUACAGCCUAGUGAUAACUUCACUGGCCACUCCUCAGCUGUUAGAAAUCCUUCCUGGGUCAUGGCUGCCUAAAAUGCAUCCAAACAUUUAGUAUCUCCUCCCACUGCAUGCAGACACUAAACUUUCCUCAUAGAGAUUCAUUGAUUCAGUUCAUAUGUAUGAGGAGAUGCUGAUUGGCCAGGGCUGUGUUUGAAUCAUGCUGGCUCUGCCCCUGAUCUGCCUCCUUGUCAGUCUCAGCUAAUCCUAUGGGGAAGCAUUGUGAUUGGAUCAGGCCACCACUUCUGAUGAUUUCAGCAGACCGCUUGUUUUUCUGAGGCAAACAGCAUGUAGAGCUGUUUUGACUUACAAUAUUAAUCGUAAAUAAUUCUAAAACUUUGUUUGCUAAAAGUUGUUUACAUGUGCAGGCCAUAUUGCAAAAUACUGGAGUACUUGGUUAACAUGAAUACACUAAACUGUAGACAAAACUGAUAUUCAAUAAACACAGCUUGCUUUGAAAAUCAUGGCAUUUAAAAAGCUAAAACCUAUUUUGAAGGACUUCUACAAGCUUUAGCUUACUUGGCAUAUAUAUUCUAAAUGUAGACUAAAUUUCAAAUAAGACCCAUCCCAAUUUAAUUUCUCCCCUUUUGGUUUUUCUUUCCUCAGUCUGGAAUAGCCUCUUGUCCUUUUCUUUCAUCUUGCCUAGAAUUGCAUUUCCCAGCAUGCUGCCAUAUCCAUGAUGCUCCGUGUCCUCAUUUCACCUUGUUUUCCUUGUACAUAAUGUUUGUACAGAUGAAUAGGUUGGCUGUAAUUCUUCUAUCUACUCUUUGUGUGAAGGCACUUUACAUCUGAUGCAGGUCAAGUAAACUUAAAUCAGAAGAGCAGUAGAUGGAAGACUGGUGGUUAAGUGGGAGUCUCUUAAUCUCAUUUUUGCACCCCCUACUGAGCUCAGAAAAAAAUCCACACAGUGGUCGUUUUUUUUUUUGAGACGUGUGUGUGUGUGUGUGUGUGUGUGUGUGUAAUUAAUAAAUAAAAAAAUAAAAAAAAAAUAUAUAUAUAUAUAUAAAUAUAUACAAUAUAAAUAUAUACAAUAUAUAUAUAUAUAUAUUGUAUAUAUUUAUUAUACACAGUUGCAAGAAAAAGUAUGUGAACCCUUUGGAAUGAUAUGGAUUUCUGCACAAAUUGGUCAUAAAAUGUGAUCUGAUCUGAUCAUCAUCUAAGUCACAAAGCAUAGAAGAAAAUCAACAACAGAAUGGCUUAAACAGAAGAAAAUACGCUUCUGGAGUGGCCCAGUCAGACUCCUGACCUCAACCCAAUUGAGAUGCUGUGGCAUGACCUCAAGAAAGAAAUUCACACCAGACAUCCCAAGAAUAUUGCUGAACUGAAACAGUUCUGUAAAGAGGAAUUGUCAAGAAUUACUCCUGACGGUUGUGCAUGUCUGAUCUGCAACUACAGGAAACGUUUGGUUGAAGUUAUUGCCGCUAAAGGAGGUUCAACCAGUUAUUAAAUCAAAGGGUUCACAUACUUUUUCCACCUGCACUGUGAAUGUUUACAUGGUGUGUUCAAUUAAAACAUGACAUUUCAUUCUUUGUGUGUUAUUAGUUUAAGCAGACUGUGAUUGUCUAUUGUGACUUAGAUGAUGAUCAGAUCACAUUUUUUUACCAAUUUGUGCAGAAAUCCAGAUCAUUUCAAAGGGUUCACAUACUUUUUCUUAUAUGUGUGUGUGUGUGUGUGUGUGUGUGUGUGUGUGUGUGUAUAUGUGUGUGUGUGUGUGUGUGUAUAAAAAUAAUCAGGAAGUGGAGCAGUGCACAAAGUAUGUUAGAGAUCAUUGCUUACUCUAUUUAACCAAAGUGCACCCCAUAUCAAAUGGAAACACUUUAAUUAUGUGGUUAAUAUUGUCUUUCUUAUUUAUUUUUUUUUGUUUCCUUGUAGAUGUUUUUUAUAGUUGUGCUUUUUUUUUUUUUUUUUUUUUUUAAUAAAUAACUUGUAGAACUCAUUGGCAUUUUGCUAAGUCUGCUGUACUGGGUUCUUGUGGCCCCAAAUACACUGGUUACAUUGCACGUGAAGCAGUGUGUUAAGGGUCUGUAAGUACUCACUGCAUCAGAGCGAGCUCAAUUCAAAGCAGACAUAACUGUUCAUUUAAUUUGCCAUCAAUCUGUUAUAGUUGCGAUUAGUGAGUUGUAUUUCCAGUGUGCCUGACAUAACACUCCAUAUAAAUAUAUUGUAUGCACUUUCUAGAGUUUGGCUGCAGUUCCCUGCAGAUAUUGGGCACUAUACCUUGCCAUAGUUAGAGGAAAUGCUUGUGGUGCCCUCUCUUGGGCUCUUGAUAUUGUAGCAAAUCUAAUUGUCUUUACUUGGUAAUGCUGUAAAGUUAUUACAUUGUAGUAAUUUUAAACAUGUCCUAUUUAUUUACAGCAAAGAUUCUGUCCUCUUAAUUAUUUAUUUUUCUCCCAGAAUUUCUCCCUUGCUGUUUAUCUGGUCAAGCAGCUGUCAUCGUCCAUAUUAUUACAGCGGUUACGAGCAAAAGGCAUCCGCAACCCAGACCAUUCCAGAGCACUGAGUAAGUUUAGUCUUUCCCUGGGAUAUUCUUCUAGCUGUUUACAUUGUUGAUCCUGAUAAGUUCUGUAUCUGGGAGCGUACAUAUUAACUUUAGCUGGAUCUGUCGUCUUCUAAAACGCGCACACACCCCGCUGUAAUAUUCACAGAAAAUUGGUUUAAGCUGGAGGCCAUGACGGUGCGUGUCAGACCUGAUGCUGUUUUUUUGUGAAUACAUUUUAUUACCAUAGGUUUCAUAGAUUUCAUUGGAGAAUUGCCAUUUGUUUGACCUAUCCUUCACCGUCUUGUGUAUUAAUAAAAGAAAUCUAUUAAUUCUUGCAUUAACUUAAUAAUAAAACAUUUAAACUAAAGUCAAAGAACUUCUAGAAAACAAAGGAAUGCAUCUCCUAACUGGCAACAAAACUCUUAUUACUACCAGUGUGGCUUUUGCGCAGAUCUUGGUACAAAGGGGGCAAUACCAGACAAGUACCAUAUUCUAAUGCAAGUCACUUAGGCCGAGACAGGUGGAAUAGUUGAAAAUCCAAGCGUCUUUAGGAAUGCCUCCAGCUGUUCUCAUUAGUCGAACCUUUUUUUUUUUUUUUUUUCCUUCAAAGUUUUUGAUUUAAAUUUCUCAACAACUAUGGUAAUUAAAAAUAGAUUACCUUACUAGUUCUGAUUUGUUAAAUGCCUACAACUAAGAGGGAGACUUUUGCUGAUCUUUAUGCUCCUCUUGUGGUUCAACCCAGCGUUGAUAACUUUCAGGAGUUGUUCAUGCAGGGAUUCCCUAUCAGGCUAUUUUCCAGCCUUGCGGGUAUUCCUCUUUCCAGUGAUAUCCCAAUAUGUUGAAUGCAUUUGUUAGCUGCGUGCAGCUUUCAAUAUAUUUUACAUCUUAUGGAUUAGAGUGGGGCUGCUAAAUAUGGCCCCUGCAGAAAGAGCGGAGCCCUCUAAAUUAAAAUUUGAAUCUCCCCAGUAACUGCAGGGACCUAAUCCUGCUGGGACACAAUUUGCAUGAGGUCCCAUGACAUGGUGACUGCAUGUUACUACAUUAUCCAUCAAGGGAAUAUAUGGUCCUGAAAAUAAAAAUCAUUACUUUGGGAUUAUAGUCUUCCUUCCUGCACUGCCAACACCCUUUCCCCUAAUGAAUCUAAAUAUUGGCUUGCUUCCAGCACCAGAACUCCUGUCAGGAAGACCCACUAGAGGCUUGUAUUAACCCAUUAAAUGACCACUAUAGGCACCCAGACCAUGUCAGCUCAAUGAAGUGGUCUGGGUGCCAGGUGCCCCUCGUUUUAACCCUGCAGCUGUAAACAUGGCAGUUUCAGAGAAACUGCUAGGUUUACAUUGAGGGUUAAUCCAGCCUCUAGUGGCGGCUUCCGCAAUCCUCAAUGCGAAAAUAGCAUUGAGUAAUGCUUUCCUAUGGGCGGUUUGAAUGCGCGUGCGGCUCUGGCUGCGCAUUCGGAGUUGACGUCGGCAGGGAGAGGAGAGGUCACCAGCGCCAAAUGAGCCCGGCGCUGGAUUAAGGUAAGUGACUGAAGGGGUUUUAACCCCUUCAGCCCAGCGGGAGGGGUGUCCUGAGGGGGUUAACCCUAUAAUGCCAGGAAAUGAGUUUUUCCUAGCACUAUAGUACUCCUUUAAUGUAAAAGUUGCCAUUUUAUUUUUAUUUAUUUUGUUACAAAAUGGCAGUUUUUCCACUCUGUAGGGCUAAAAGUACAGGACCAUUGCACCCAGAUCACUUCAUUAAAAUGUAGCAGUCUGGUCGUUUGGGGCUCUUUAAGGGGUUAAAAUGCUGAAAAUACCGUAUUUGUACCUGUUGAUUAAUGACACAAUUUGUGUUGGUGUUUGUCAGUGUUUUUUAUUUAAUAUAUUUCAUCUGUAUCUCUAGUUAAGGAAAAGCUCACAGCUGAUCCGGACAGUGAAAUUGCUACAACCAGUUUACGAGUUUCUCUCCUGUGUCCGGUAAGUGCAUUAACUUUAUUAUGUAUGUAUGUGUAUUUUUUUUGCAUAAAAUAAUCAUUAAAUGUUUGUAUGGUGCUGCAUAAUGUGUUGGAUCUUACAAAUCCCAAUAAAAAAAUAUAAGAACAUGGAAUUAGAAAACUUGUACAUCUUAUGAACUAGAUUAAUUGGCAUGAUAUGCAUUGCAAUGCACAAUUGUAGAUUAUGCUAACGUAGUGUACCUUGUCAGAGUAUUUAUAUCGGCAGACAUUUUGUGCUAUGAUAGAAACUAAAAGUGUAUAUUCUGAGUCACUCUGAACAGAUCAGACUCCAUUUUGUUAUUUUCAAAUUAACAAAGAAGACACUAGAUUUCUUUCUGUAAGACUGGCCUCUUUGCCAGAGCUAAGGAAUGCAUAGUAUAAACAAGUGAUAAGAAGAUAAAUCAAAUCUAAACCCAGACAAUUGUGACAGAGAAGAUUAAAUAAUUUAAUAUUUAACUGUCUAUAUAUAUAUAUAUAUAUAUAUAUAUAUAUAUAUAUAUAUAUAUAUGGUACCAUUGUAUGGAAAAGGGUAAACUUAGUUCAUGAUCUGUCAUAUCAGAAAUUAUGGCAGGAAUUGCAGACGCUAAGUCUGGACAAAACUUUAAGAAACCCUUUGAAAUCUGAAUUAUGACCACUAUCUAGAUAGGUCAAAAUGACGUCAAAAUAGUCACCAGGAAAAGUUAACUCUUUCCUGGAUAGGUAUGUUUAGUGGGACAAGACUGCCCUCUAUAGACCAAAUACCUAAUUUGCGAUCUGGAAGAUAACCACACCUCUAGUGCUUCUAUUGGGUUAUCAACUGAUGACGUACAGAGAGUCUGGCCCUUUAAAAGUUAAGACAAAGGGAAGAUAGAGAUAGGAGGCAGAUGCAAGAGAUGCAAAGAAAAAGAGGAGAGAGGAAUUGGAAGUUUGGGGACUCCAACCUCCAUGCAGAGAGAGACAUCCAAAUAAGUUCCUGAGACUACCAAUCGGAUGAAAUAUCUACUCAACUGGUAAUUAUACUGGUUUCAUUUAUUUAAAUUAAAUUAAUUAAAAUAUAUUAAUAGCAUUAUAUAUGACUGGAUAAAGCACAGUCAGAUUUCCAUAUUAAGAAAUCUUAGUUAACUAAGAAUAUAUAGUUAUAAACAUUCCAUUCUGCAGGUGGAAUUAAGAAUAAUUAUAUAUUGAUGUGAUAUUAUCACGUGUUAGCAUACCGCUGUUUUUAUCCAGGUGUAUUGAUUUGCUCUAAAUUAAGAUAGAUAUCUUUUAGACAAAUUAAAAAUCUGCUUAUAUAAUAUGGUAAAUUCUCUUAUUGGAUGAUUUCAGGAAACGGCUAAUGAACUGGUUAAAUGUUAUUUUAUUUAAAAAUUACAUAAGAAUAGAUCUGAACUACCUAGGAGAUCUAGCCAGCAUUGAAAGGGUUAUUCUAACUGUCUGCUAAACUUUACGACCUUACGCUGCACUCUGAGGAAUUCUGUUCUUCUGUGAAAAGUUUUACUUUCAGUCUGUGUUAAAGAUAGUAAUAAAUAAGUCUUGACAGAUAAUGCUGUUUUAGCCAUUGAAACGUAAUACCCAUUCCUUUGUAUUGCAUAUCAUUUUAUACUGGAUAUUCAUUGAUUAUUGUCAUGCAUGUUGCAUAAUAUUAUUAAUUAAUUUGUCAUAUAAAUAAAAAUCUAUUUUUAUACAUGGUGAUAUUAAUUAUAUGAAAUACAUUCCACUUAACACGAUAAACGUUCUUUGGGAUCUGAGAAUUGAAAUAGUGGGCAAUUCUCAACUGUUACUAUUAUUAUCCCAUAAAUAUCCCCACAACCUAUAAUCUUAAUUUUAAUAAUGAUAGGAGGCGAGUAUUUUGCAUGACUUUUUUUACUCAUGCCUCCAGCAGCACAAGUCAAUCAAUAAACUUUUAACCAAUCAUAAGAGUACAUAGCCAUAUAUAAAGCUCUGAUUGUCACAUGACUUCCUUUCUUUGAAUUGCUAUCAGUCCACGUAUCGUCAGUAGCUAAAACUUAAGUUCGUAGUGAUAUAGUGUUUCAAACUUGUUCCAUGGAAAGUCCAACUUCAAUAAAAUCCAACUCCAAACGGGUUAACGCAUAUUGAACUGAAACUUGAUCCGUAAAAUCCAUUAUCCGGCUUGUCUUCUUCGGCGCCAAUAGCAGCAAUCACACUGAAAGAAAUAGAAACAUGUGUAAGAGACUGGAAAUAGACUGAUGUCUAUAUAAUAUCAUUGAUACUAUAUCUAUCCAUAUCCUAUACAAAUAGUAAUAACCUAUCUCCAUAUACUAGCAUCCAACCAUAAUAUCAACAAAUCCUUGUCUAUUACCUCAAACAUCCCAUACAUAUCCUCUAGAUAAACUAUGCAGGUUACAAUUAAGCAAUAGAAAUGGUGACAUGAGAAAACCAGAGAAUGGGAGGGAAGGGAGGGAAAAUACUCGCCUCCUGUCAUUAUUAAAAUUAAGAUUAUAGGUACACUACGUUGGCAUAAUCUACAAUUUUAUUACAUGACAGGUGGUUUCCUAUUUUGCAUCUUUAAAGCUGAGAUAAUAGCGAGAAAGAUGCAUGUGUGUUCUGACGAAAAUAAAAUAAACGGAAGGUAUCCUCCCGUGUCCAGUCUGCGGAACGUAGGAUAUCUGCUAAAGAAGCUCCCGCCGAGAACGCUCUCGAGGCAGCCGCGCCCCUGACAGAGUGAGCCCCAAAACACGUCUCCACUCCUGCUAGGGACAGGAUCCAACGAACCCAUCGAGCCAGAGUAGUAGUGGUAACUGUUUUGUAAGGUUUGGUGUAAGACACCAACAGCUGCCCUCUGCUAAAAGCUUGAAUGCUUGCAGUAACCUCCACAUAUCGUGUAAGUGCGGAAACUACACAUAAACGAGGGACCGUAGGGAAGAAGGGAUAAGAUAUAGAUGUUGAAUUUGUUUUGGUUCUACGAGACACCGUGAAGGUAACCCCUUCUGGUGAGAUCGAGAACCCGUCCACAUCGAACGCUCGCACGUCCGAAACCCUUCGAAAGGAUACCAAACAUAAAAGUAACGUAAGCUUGGCCGAGAACUGUCGUAGUGACAAAUCUUUAUUGUCUGGCCAAUUCCGAAGGAAGUUAAGGACCACCUCUACGUCCCACAUGUGAUUAUACUUGGGUUCCGGCGGUCUGGACAAUUUGAUGCCUUGCAUUAGGUGACAUACCAAAGGGUCCUGACCAACCGGAGAGCCAUGUACUGUUACGUGUGCCGCUGAAAUUGCGCAACGCGUCACAUUGGUGGAACGAUAGGAUUUUCCUUCCGUGAAGAGGUGCGACAAAAAAUUUACCACCAUGGUGUUAGGUGCUGUAAAGGGAUCACAAUUCCGUCCCAGACACCAGCGUUUCCAUGAAUUCCACGCUGAUAGGUAACUCCGUCGGGUGCCCGGUGCCCAUGAAUACCAUAAAAGAUCUUUAGCUGGUUGCGAUAGUCCCUCGACGGACCAGGCUCCCCUGAAAGACUCCAGGCUACCCGCUCCAGAUUCUCCUGUACCACUAGUGGAUGUGGUUCCCCUUUCGGAUCUGUCAGAAGGAAGGGGACCGAUGGAAGAAGUAAUGGAUGGUCCUGCGUGUGAGCCAAUAAUUCCGGAAACCAUGCUUGACUCUUCCACAACGGUGUGAUGAGAAUCAUCGAGAUCUUGGUUGUUCUGAUGCGAUGGAGUACUCUUGCUAUCAUUGAAAAUGGUGGGAAUGCGUACGCUCCCCUCGGAGGCCACUGUUGUAGAAAGGCGUCUACUGCCUCGCAUUGAGGGUCCGGAAGCCAGCUGAAAUAUUUUGGUAACUGUGUGUUCGUCCGAGAGGCAAACAGAUCCACGACCAACAGACCCCUGAGGUCCCUCACGACUGAAAAUACUGAAGUGUCCAGUCUCCAGUCGCUGCCGUCUCUCCAGUGACGAGAAAACCAAUCCGCCAUGAGGUUGUUGGAUCCUGGUAGAUAUUCCGCUUUGAUCGUAAUGUUGCGGGGAAUACAGAAUUGAUGUCCUUCGUCGCCUCCGUCAAGAUCCUUGAUCGGGCUCCUCCUAGGCGAUUUAUGUAUUGGACCACGGAAAUGUUGUCCAUGCGUAGCAGGAUGCAACAGUUCGCCAUGUCCUUGGCUAGACUGCGAAUCGCAAACGAAUCCGCAAUCAGUUCCAGGCAGUUGAUGUGGAGACGCUGUUCCUCUUGAGACCAUGGACCUCCCGUGGGUGCAGUGGGCUCCCCAGCCCCAAGGGCUCGCGUCCGACUCCAAUACAAAGUCCAGGCUCGCCCCGAAAAUGGCUCUGCUGUUCCAGGCUUCCAUGUGCAGUAGCAAGCACCAAAGUUCCGUCCGAGCCUCCGUGGAGACAUGAAUCCAGUGAUCGUAUGGGUGUCCUGUUCGUAAAUAUUGGGCUUUCAGUCUCUGCAGUCUUUCAGUCUCUCGGGCCUGGGAAAAUCGCUUGUAUUGAUGAGGAGCGUAGUCCUACUAUCCUCGCUAAUAGUCGGAGAGGUAUGGUGUCUCUCCUGAGUAUCCUUCGGAUCUCCUUCCGAAUGGCCGCUAUCUUGGAUGCGGGGAGACGUAGCAUGCAAGAGUUGGAGUCUCUCGAACCCGAGGAACUGGACUACUCGUGAUGGAGCCAAUGAUGACUUCUCUCUGUUCACUACAAACCCCAAUGAUUCCAGAAAGUGUAUGGUAAAUCUCGUCUGAGAUUGAAUUCUGGAUUUGGAGUCGCCAAAGAUCAACAAAUCGUCCAGAUACACGAGGCAGCUUAUUCCUCUUCCACUCAGAUGGGCCAUUACUGGUUUGAGAAGUUUCGUAAAACACCAUGGAGCCAAACUGAGGCCGAAUGGUAGACAUGUCAACUGGCAAGGGCGACCCCUCCAGAUGAAACGCAGGAAGACUCUGCUUUCUCGAGCCAUGGGAACCAACAGGUAGGCGUCUUUUAGGUCCAGGCGUGUGAACCAGUCGCGUUCGUUCAGUAGAUCCCUCAGAAGGUGAAUACCUUCCAUUUUGAAAUGGCGAUAAGCCACAAAUCCUUUCAGUUCUCGUAAGUUGAUGACUGGGCGGUAGUCUCCAGUCUUUUUUUUUUUUCUUGACAACAAACAUGUUGCUGAAGUAACCCUGGUCGUCUGGGGUGAGUUCCACCGCUCCCUUUGUGAACAGGGUUCGUAUCUCCGUGUCUAUGAGACGUCUCUGACGCCCGGAUAGGUGAUGGUCGCCUUAUCUGAACCGGCGUACGGGUAAAUUCUAUCACGUACCCUCGCACGGUCUGCAGGAUCCAUGCGUCUGUGGAGAUUCUUUCCCAUUCCUGCGGAAAAAGGGACAGUCUGCCAGCAGUUAUAUUUGAAGGACAUAACGGAAGAUAUUUCAUGCUCACCUGAGUUGAAACGUCCCCGUCCUCUGUUCCGAGUGCCCCUUGUACGCCAGGAUCCCCUUGUGAAGUUGGCUCUUGCAGAUGGGAAGAACUGUUGCGUAGCGUAUGGGCGACUGGGGCCGGAUGGCCAGAAACGGCUGGUGGCCCGACCAGCUCUGCCAAAAACACCUUGAGUUGUCUGUGGGUUCCGAAAGACUUGUCUAAUAGAUGAUUGUGCCUUAUUCAGUGUAGUGAAUAGGCCUACGUGCUUUUUCAGUUCUGCCAUGAAUGGUUCUCCAAAGAGCAGUCCAUCCGCCAGGGGGCCUAGCUCCUUCUUUCCCAGGUCCAACAGUUUGGAGUCUCUUCAAUAAGGCCGCUUUACGGCGUUCUGCGCACAUGGCGGCAUUGGAAUUCCCUUGUAGGCAGAUCGCUCGCUGUGCCCAUUCUCUAAUGUCGUGUGCCUCGAGGGUCGUCCCCUGGGUGAGUGCCAAAUCUGCGAAGUAUAGGAUCUUUGCUAAAGGACCUAGCAUGUCCAGCAUUUUGUCCUGGAUCGAUUUCAUGCCCUUCUCAACACCUUUCCGUGGGUCUCUGCCCGAGCGGGACAUAAACACCCCCACUGUGGCAUCAAACUCUGGGGUGAUGGCAUCUUGUCCGGGACGUGGACACUCUGCUUUGAGCUUGGCCCGAACUUGCCCGAGCUUGUCCAUUGGCUUCCUCAGCCAAAAAUGUAUAAAUUGAGUCAGAUGGUCCGGCAGGUUCCAUUCUGACGAUCUGGGGUGGCGUAUCUGGCGUAGAUCGAACAAGGGGUUACCCGUCCCAUCCAGAAACACCCCAUCUUCAUAUACCUCCGUAUGCACUUUAUGUGUGCUUUUGCCGCCUGAGCGGUGUGCCCGUUCGGGGCCUUGGUCGCAUUCUCCGCCCUCCUGAGGCAUGUCCUGCCGGCCCUCCUCCUCCGAGGGGGAAUCCUCUGCCCUCCAUUCGUCCAUGAUUUCUAAUGAAGGUGGAGAUAAUGGCUCCUCAUCCCCUGAGGAAGGGGGCUGUGGAGGGGAGCAGUCCGGGCGCCUAGACUGGUGGCUCUGCUUCCGCAACAGCUUCCCCCUCCCAUCUCUGCAGGGUCGUGUUGGAUCCCUUCCAUUGUCGUUUGUACGACCCAGCCUCCGCCUUGGACUCCGCGGGUUCUUUAUCCUCUUUUCUCGCUGGAGGCGCGGCGUCUGCCCCCUCCGGUUGUGGUUGCGCCAUCAUUUUGGCCAACGCCUUUUCCACCGAAGCCGACACUGCGGCAUUGAUCAUGGUCUGGAAAUCCAUGGGCGAUGAUGGAGGAGCAUCUGACAUGGUGGCAGUUCGUUCUUCCCUUCUGUGGGUAGAAAGGGUAUACGUCAGUGCGUAUGUAGCUACACAGUGGCUUCCACGUACAACUGGGGGUCACCCAGGUACCAUAUAAUCAGUACCACUAGGAGCUUGAGUAGUGGUCUGUAGAGGGGGUCACCCUCUCAUUGACCGGGGUGCACGGUCGUUAAGGUUGGGACGUAGUGUCACCCUCAUGCAUGAAAUGUGUGGAAUUUCGCCACUGUGGGAUCCUUUACCCAAAGGCAGUGAAUUGCGUGGAUCACCCCAGUUGUACCAUGGAGGUGCCGCAUACAAUAAAGCGUACUUGUUAUAAGCCCUUGAGUGGGCGUGAUGAUCACACCUGAAAUUUUUUAUUUUAUUUUUUAAUUAAAUUAUGUAUCGUGUCUUCAGUGUGUGCACCCCUGUGGUUCCACCACCAGUGUCCUCAGUGAGAGCUAGCCAGUAAGUAUUGCAGCCUGAGCAGGAUGAGUUGCCAGUCAGGUGAGAGUGCUUGUAAGGGCUGAAGCUAUAAGUAUGCCUUUAAUCUAGAUGCUGCCAGUGAAUAAGGGGUUAAUGUUAUGGAUUACAGUAUGCAAGAAAACCUUGUGGAAACAUUAGGGGAAAUCAGUAGGAAACUAUAUGCCAGUUCGUGGGAAUCACGAACUGGCAACCUAAGAUGGCCGCCGUUCCCGCUCAAAUUUCGCCACGCGGUCCUGGCCGGCACCCCCCAGUUACCCCCCCAGCCCUUGGAGCCCUAAAAUUCCACGAAUCGCGAGGGACCAAACAGACCAGAGGCAAAGGAAAGUGCAGUCCCAGUUACAGGGUAAACCCCACAAGAGAAGCAACAACAAUAAAGAAGCGGAGGGAGCAGGAAGAAAAACUGUAGUGUAUUUAAAGGACCACUAUAGUGCCCUGAGGGUGCCCCCACCCUCAGGGACCCCCUCCCGCCCGGCUCUGGAAAGGGGGAAAAGGGGUUAAACUUACCUUUUUCCAGCGCUGGGCGGGGAGCUCUCCUCUUCCGAUCCUCCUCCUGGGCUGAAUGCGCACGCGCGGCAAGAGCUGCGCGCGCAUUCAGCCGGUCACAUAGGAAAGCAUUCAUAAUGCUUUCCUAUGGACGCUUGUGUGCUCUCACUGUGGAAAUCAGUGAGAAGCACGCAAGCGCCUCUAGUGGCUGUCAAUGAGACAGCCACUAGAGGAUUAGGGGGAAGGCUUAACCCCUUCAUAAACAUAGCAGUUUCUCUGAAGGGGUUAAGCCCCUGAAACUGCUAUGUUUAUGAAAAAUGGGUUAACCCUAGCUGGACCUGGCACCCAGACCACUUCAUUAAGUUGAAGUGGUCUGGGUGCCUAGAGUGGUCCUUUAAUGGGGAACAGUAAAGGAGGGAAUAAGCCAGCAUCAAUUAAGGAAACCGUAAAGUUGCACAUAUAAUACACAAACAGUGAGAGCAGAAUACUCUGACCUGUGCCUUGGCUGGAAGCAGCAAAGAAAGAGGAAGUCAUGUGACAAUCAGAGCUUUAUAUAUGGUUAUGUACUCUUUUAUGAUUGCUUAAAAGUUUAUUGAUUGACUUGUGCUGCUGGAGGCAUGAGUAAAGAAAGUCAUGCAAAAUACUCGCCUCCUGUCAUGUAAUAAAAUUAAGACAUCUUUGCGUUAGUAUCAAUGCUGAUAGGAUGAAUGUUAAAUCAGUACCAGCCUUGAAGAGUGAACAAUAAUGUGCAUAAUAUCUUCUGAUGUGGAUGUGUAAUACACACCCUAACUAUGUGGAUUUGUGUGUUGAAUUACUUGGUCUGCUUUCAGCCUAUUGCAGUUCUGUUAAUAAGUUUUUGACAUUGGGAUAGUUGUUGCUUACUGGUUUGGAGUGCACUCAUUCUCUGGAUUCUGGUGUGUGGCAUUUACAUCACUAAACUAGUCAUUCCUGUUAACGUAGCAUUGCUAAUAUGCUUCCGUUUUUCCACUAUUCCUUCUCAAGAUUUUGCGUGUGAAAUCUUUUUAUUUUGAUACUUUUGUUCAGGCACAACUGUUUUUUGUUAUUCUUUAAUCUAUACCCCGUUUUUGUUUUCAGCUUGGCAAAAUGCGGUUGACCAUCCCCUGCAGAUCGCUGACCUGCUCUCACUUGCAGUGCUUUGAUGCCACUCUCUACAUCCAGAUGAAUGAAAAGAAGCCAACCUGGGUGUGUCCUGUCUGUGACAAAAAGGCUCCAUACGAGCAUUUAAUCAUAGACGGGUGAGUUCUUUUUAUUUUCUUCAUGUGCAUUGAGCUCCAUGGUACAACUGUAGGCGGCAGAUGACUAAAUUUCACGAAAGGAUCUCGUUAAAUUCCUGUUUUGGUUUUGCAUAUCUCUGAGUUCGCAAUCAUCUUCUAGAACCAGUUAACUUUCUGUCCCACCCUCACGUUAUCCACACUUGCUUUAAACAAUCCCUACAUUUAAAUAAAUGAUCACAACACCACUGAGGUACAAAAGGACCUGUUGUGUUGUUCGUGUCUGUUUCAGACCAACAGAUGGUUCUUAGCAUUGCCUCUAUCAUAUGAUAAAGGUAUUUCCAGUGCGUAAAAGUAACGUGCCACUUCAAGCCUGGAGAGUCCAUAGAACACUCACCAGGGUUGAAUUUCUACACUCAAGGGCAGAAUUUUUACUUGCAAAGGACUAGUAAUGAAUGAAUAUUUUGAUCCCUAGGUCUAUAAAAUAAUUGAAGAUGAUUUAAUCAUUUUUGUGUUUUGCAUUUUGUUAGACUCUUCAUGGAGAUAUUGAAAUGUUGCACAGAUUGUGAUGAAAUUCAGUUCAAGGAAGAUGGGUCAUGGUCACCCAUGAAGUCAAAGAAAGAUGUGCAAGAGGUCAAAAACUCUUACAAUGGAGUGGACAGUAAGUGCCCAUGAUUGUCUUUACAGGAUAUAGCACUUCAGCCUUUAUUAACAGAGCUGUGGUGGCUCACGUUAUUGCAUUCAAUCAAUUACCACACACCAUGUAUUACCACUCACAUCACAUAUAUAAAUGAACAAGUUUUAUAAAGUGGAAUUGCCUGUAAUAUCCAUGUACUGACUUUGCAUACGUAAAUGGUUUUUUUACGACCUCUACUAAAUUUAUGCCUAUUCUCCCAAUAACAUUUAAUUGAUCUUUGCUGUGUAAACAAACUUUAUUAGAGGUAUAUUUUCUAUGGUUACAAAGAUGGUAAAAGGGGAGGGGGGGUUAUUAUAUCCUAGUUGAUUUUACUGUGGCAUGUGUACACUUACCACUGGUAACAGAUCUUUCAUUGCAUCUUCUAAGUUGCUUUAACAAUGUUGCAGGUGGCUGUAUCAGCAGCACUGUGGAUAAUCAAGUGAGCUCUCAUCAGCAGUCUCACAAAAACAAAAAGGUGGAGGUGAUUGAUUUGACGAUAGACAGCUCAUCUGAUGAGGAGGAGGAAGAACCAUGCCCGAAACGUAGUUGCCCGUCCAUCACUCCAGCAUCCCCAAUUAGCAAUAAGAGGUGUGUGUGUGUGUGUUAUGUAUUUGACUACCUGACUAUCAAAUAUCUGAGUGCAGAGAGGACAUGGAGGAAACCCAUAGGACAAUCCAAAAUGAUAUAAGUGAGAAUUUGAGAACACUGGAACAAUGACAUGUUUUAGGCUGGCCUGUCUGAAUCUACACUAUAAUAAAGCCGAAACAUCGUUGUGCUCACCUGUCCUGGAGUAAUGGGGGGGUGGGGGGGAAGCAGAAGGUGAUUGAAAAUCAUGUAACAUGCAAAAUGCAUGAACUUAAGCAGGUUUAUUCACUAAACUGUGAAUUCAAGGCCAUUGUAACCAAUCUGAAAAAAGUCUAUGCUUCCACUUUAUUUAAGAUUCAAUUCUUGAUAAUUUUUUGACUUGCCAACAAUUAUCACAUUAGUGAAUAACACGUUAAGUGUGUUAAGGGCCAUAUAGUUAUUUGUAUCCAUGUAUGACAAGGUGCACUUAAGCAUGCAGUUUAUUGGGCAUUAUAACUUCAAUACUACUUCAGGCAUCAUUGACCUAUGAGCUUCAAACAACAAUUUUACCAGUUUUGAUGAAUCGCUCAUGCACCUUGCAGUCUCGCUGUUCAAUUCUCUGCCAUUUAAGCGUUAAAUCACUUUGUUUAUGCAGCCCUAGGUACACCUCCCCGCAUGUUUAUGAAGGCUGUGCAUAUUACACUUCCUGUAAAGUGAGAUCUAAUGUUUAAUUAAACUUCACUUAUUGCAGAUUGUUUCAUUUAGAAUUUAUCUCCUGCAUUGUUAAUAGUUUAAGAUAGACCAUGAAGAAGCCUCAUGUGCAUGAAUAAAGUUAAUUUACAGAAAAAGAGAUAAAAACUGCUAAUAAGUUGACAUUGGAAAUGUGUUUUUUUUCAUGUAGGCUGUGUGACUAAAGGCUGUUUGGACAGAGACAAAAGUGAUUUCACUUCUAAAUGACAGAGAAUUGACCAGAAGCAUGGUCUAUACAAUAAAACUGCUUCAUUAAGCUUAAGUUGUUUUGGUGACUAGUGUCCAUUAACUGCAAAACCUCUUUUAAAAGACAAAACAAAAAACUUGCUUUCUGUAUGGGUAGGAACAGGUGUAGUAGCCAUCACUAGUUUUUAAAGCGCAUCCUCCCAUGCUUCCCUGCAAUAUGCAGUCAGCCAAGUGAAAAUAGCACAUUUAAUGGGUGUAAAUCCUAGAAAGAUGUGACUGUAAUAGCAGGAGAAAUCCAAUUACAAUACAAUGUUCAGUCAUACAUAUAUAUAUUUUUUUUAUUUAUUUUUUUCCUCCUUCCAGUAUGUUAAGUCUCCCUCACCAGGCCUCUCCUAUCUCUCGGACACCAAGUCUGCCUGCCGUGGAUUCCACGUACAUCAAUACACCCCUCAUCCAAGAUUACAGACAUCCUUUCCACAUGGCACCCAUGCCAGACUACUUACAAGGUACAAGCAUAGAAUGCGUAUCAUACUGUUGCUCUUUAGUCAGAACCCUUCUGGCCAUGUGUCUUAUAUUCUAGGUGUCAGCAUUAAAUUAACAAUGACUAAACCUGAGCUUCUAAGUAUUCUCUUUGAAUAAGAGAAACCAGAUAAACAUUUUUAAUCCCUAAACCAUUUCAAUGCAUACAGGGGUAAUGCUUAUGGCAUGAGGAUGUCGUACCCAUUUUGCAUCAGAGGGCUUUGCUUAAUAAAUCUAUUCUACCUUCUUUCACAAGAAAUGUUACCUUUUGUUUUUUGUUUUUUUUUAUUUAUUUUAAGGGUGUGGGGUGCAUAUAUAUAUAUAUAUAUAUAUAUAUCAUGCACCGACUCUCAUACUUAUGAGCUAUAUAUUAUUUAAAGUACGAGACUUCCUAGUAGUGUCUAGUGGGAGACCCAUUUCACCUAAAUGACCCUGGUCUCAAGAGCAUCUCUUAGUAAAGUGAAAUCUGCAUUUGACUCAAUCUUCUAUUCUGGUCAGAGCAAUGCAAUGACCAUCUGCACUGGAGCAGAUGUAGUGCGAACGUGUCUGGUGGCAACUAAAGGCCAACUCAGAGAUAUGCAAUGGUAAAAUGGUUAUUGCUUAGAACAACUUAUUACUUAUAUAUAUUUUCCUUUUUUUUUUUCUUCUUUCAUCUUCUAUAACAUGCAUUUUAGUUUGUCAAAGCCAUUUAAAGUGUUUCAACUCACUAUUAAAUUAUUUGGCAUUUUCUUUCCAGGACUGGAUUUCUUUCCAUUCUUAUCAGGGGAGAACCAAGUAAGUCUGCGUUUUUGAGGAACGGUCUGUCUACAAUAAUAAAACUGGGGCAAUUACAAUGAACUCUAAUUUUGUGUAUAUUUACUUUUUUAGUAAUCUGCUUGUGUGUGCGCGCACGGGACAUUUUUACAGUAAAGUUAUCAAAAGCACCAACACAUACCUAAAUUAAAUUCUCUAAAAAUAAAUGCUUAGUUCUUAUAUACCCUUUACCAUUAUUUAUUUUGUCACUUUACAAGUGUCAAUCAUUAGAAUUAAAAAAAAAUUAAUGACUGAAGUUUAAGGAACACUAUAGUCACCUAAAUUACAUUAGCUAAAUAAAGCCGUUUUAGUGUUUAGAUCAUUCCCCUGCAAUUGCACUGCUCAAUUCACUGUCAUUUAGGAGUUAAAUCACUUUGUUUCUGUUUAUGCAGCCCUAGCCACACCUCCCUUGGCUAUGAUUGACAGAGCCUGCCUGAACAAAAAAAUUGGUUUCACUUUCAAACAGAUGUAAUUUACCUUAAAUAAUUGUAUCUCAAUCUCUAAAUUGAACUUUAAUCACAUACAUGAGGCUCUUGCAGAGUCUAGCAAGCUAUUAACAUAACAGGGGAUAAGAAAAUCUUAAUUAAACAGAACUUGCAAUAAAGAAAGCCUAAAUAGGGCUCUCUUUACAGGAAGUGUUUAUGGAAGGCUGUGCAAGUCACAUGCAGGGAGGUGUGACUAUGGUUCAUAAACAAAGGGAUUUAACUCCUAAAUGGCAGAGGAUUGAGCAGUGAGGUUACAGGGGCAUGUUCCAUACACCAAAACUGCUUCAUUAAGCUAAAUUUGUUCAAGUGACUAUAGUGUCCCUUUUAGGUCUAGUGGAACAGUGUUUGCUCCAUUUACCUUAUUACAUCAUUAUGUUAAGCUUUAAAAAAACAAUGUUGUAUAAAGGCAACCCGUGAUAUCUUUUAUAUGUGUUACAAUGGCAACCAGCGAUAUCUUACAAUGUUUGAGAACUACCCUAAGUUUGAUACCAGCCUGUCUUUUUAUAUGUCUAUACGCUCACAUAUGUCCCCCUUGAUGUUUUUGUUAACCCUUUCCAACCAAAAACGCACAAAUCUAGCCACCGCAACAGAGCAGUGGGCCUGGCAUGUCACUCGCAGACACUCGAUCAUACCCACGCAAUGCUAUAACCACACUAAGCAACAUGCACCCAUGGGAGUCAGCCAGCCCAUAUAGAUACACUAUACUCUAUUUGCGCUCCCACACUAGGCGUACACGGUAACACGGUUGAUUUGUAGAUUCAGCCAGUAUAUCUAGGGGGACAGGAGGGGAGGCUGGCAAGUAACUACAUAUCAUGGUCCCAGUCCAGACAUCGUCACCAUGCUACGUAACCUUAUUGCUUUAACCAUAAUCUCUCUACCUAUCACAUAAAAAUUGUGCAAGAACUUUCAAAUACCCCUAUAGUUUACUUUGUUGAAAUGUUAUGCAUAAGGAAUGCCGUUGGGGUACCUUGUGCCUGUUUGUAAACCUAUAAUUGCACUGCAAAAUAUAUAUACCACUAGAUUGCCAUACUUAAUUUAAAAAAUGCUUUAACACUGCUCUCACCUCAAAGCCACAUAUGUAUAAAUCUGUCAUUGAUGUGAUUAUGUUUGCUGUUGUGGAAACGUAUAUCAUACUGUCAAACCAUGCACAACAAAAAUAAAAAAUUCAGGUUUUUGAGUCAAGAGCUUGCUUAGCAGAUAAGCUUCUCGAAAAUGGUAAAGGGUUUUAUUGUGGGUUUUUUGGGGAGGGGGGGGAAAUGGAUUAGAAGAUCUGCAUGUCUUGUUCCUUUCUCUAAUGUAGCUUUUCCUUUAUUUAUUUUCUUCUUCUCUUUUUAUACAGCAUUACAAUACUUCUCUACUUGCAGCAGCUGCCGCCGCAGCUACAGAGGAGCCUGAUUUGCUUCAUUCUUCGCGUUUCUUUCCUUACACCUCCUCUCAAAUCUUCCUGGACCAGCUAAACGCAGGUGCAAGUGCUUCACUCCCAGCAACUAAUGGAAGCAACAGUGGCAGUAACAGCAGUUUGGUUUCCUCAAACAGUAUACGAGAGAGCCACAGUGCAGCAAGUCGGGGACCAGCAGACAGUUCGUCUCUCUAUGGCAUCAUACCAGAUGUAAUCUCCUUGGACUGAUGACCUGUUGAACAUGACCCCUUUCACACACAUACCCAGGACCCUGAAUCCCAUCCAGUACCCAGUUCCUUUAUUUUAUUUUUAAGGGAAAUGCUAAAGAUAAAACUACUAAAAGAAAACAAAAAGACAUGUACAGAGAACAGAACUAUAUUUUCAGUUUUACUUUUGUAUAUAAACCGAAGACUUGACUCAUAUGGUAACAAAAACUGAGAUAUGGACCCACCUUUUCCCCUGCACUUCCAUGUUAAUUUUCAAACUGCACCCUGGAGACAGACUCUUGGUCCAGAGCUCUCCAUCCCAGUUGGUAUAUGUUUUAUUUUUCUUUCCCCUGGCUUCACGGCAUUGCAAAUCUAAUUUAAUUCCUCCUGGACCCCUUUACAGCAGACACAGUAUUGGUUACUCUCUCCUCUCUGGCCCUGAGGGGUGAAAUCAUUAAUUCCCUGAAGGAUUCUCCAUUCCUGAACCUAAGCUGGAGUGAUAUUUUGUUUUUCAUUUAAACUCAGCACUUUUAACAAAGUAUUUAUUCUAAUGGAAGUCACUGCGUCAUAUAGAGGGCAACCAUAGCAUUGGUUUCCUAUGGUCAGUGUGGGAUGUGGCUGGUGGAUUUUGAGUAUCAUAAUUUAUUUUUUGUUUUUGCAAAUAAGUGGAAAUUUCAAAACCAAGCACAUCAGUGCCCUACAACACUGAAAGUUGGUGUUGAAGUUUCAGUUCUAGCUGAACUGUAUAUGUGCAAGAAAGACCACAGUUUAUAGUGUGACUCAAUGUUCUAUUCUCCUUUAUUUGGCUAAUAAAUGUCAUGGCUUUAACAUUUAGAUAAUGGCACUGUAUAGGAAGCUCCCUUGCUGUUAGGUUCUUUGAUUGGGUAAGACUCAAAGGCAUCUACAUUGACUGUCAUUAACUGCAGAUUGCUAUAUACUUGUAUGAUCAAAUCGUAGUUUGAACCAAAUUCAGAAUGCAGCCCUAUGCCUGUAUUUUGUGACAGUUAAAAAAUAAAAUAUAAAUACCCUUUUCAACUAUGUAAAACAUAAUUUAGCCCCUACCUCACUCAUAUUGCCUUGAUACAACCACAUGUUUGCAGUCUACCAGCAUUUUUAUUUUAUUUUUUUUAUAAAUAAGAAAAAUGAAAGAAAACGCUGUUGGGUUCCACACAGAUACCCAGAACAAGGGUAUUUGUCCAGUUUUAAUAUUUUUAUACAUCUUAUGUAUAUGACAAAAUGUAUUUUUGUUUCUAUGCUACUAUUUCAGACCCUGUCUAAAAUAUUGCAUGUUAAGAGAAUACCAUAGAAAAUCUAUCACCUUUUUAUUAUCCAGUAGUUCUGUAAAGGAGGGAUGAAUGAAUAAAGUACUAAUUGUGUAAAUUUGUAUAAUUUUACAUUUCUAGGUAUCCAUGAACAGCAAUCUUGCAGUUUUUGGACUACCUCUAUACAAUUAAGUAUGUAUCCCAUAUCUGUAAUGUUUUUGUAAUUCUUUCACCACUUUACUACAAAGUGAUAGAAUAAAAGAUGUCCUAUCCAGAUUAGUUUUCACGCUAACUUAAUGUUUUAUGUGGAUAAAACCCUGCACUAAUUUCUGAAAAAUAUUGACUAUUCAGGCUAAACUGGCUUCUAAUUUUAAUGUAUUGGACAAUUUUAUAAACUGUUGCUCUAGAUAUAAAAUAGUGGGGAUUUAGUUACAUUAUUUUGCACAAUCAGGCCACGACUCCAAAGUACCUAAUUUUUUGUCUGAGGUCUUUAAAUGUAAUGAUUUCUCGUAAGAUAAAUGUAGGCUGCCUCUGCUGUGCUCUGUAGUAGGGCAUCUGGCAGGGAGAUGAGCCAUUACCUGAAUCUCAUGAAGUCUAUUAUUCUGCCUAUGUAGAUACACACAAGUAUUCUGGGUGCAAUGUGUACGGUAUAUGUUAGACCUUGACUAGAAUGUCCCUGCAGGUUAAUACAAAAGUAUGAAAGGCAGGAUUCAAAAAGCAAUAAAUGAUCUUUUUUUUUUUUGAAGAUGACCAUAUUCAAAUUAUUCCUGGUUACGCUCUAGGAAUUAUAUGGAAUAUAUGAACACAACCAUAUAAUCACACAUCUAAAUAGUGCCUGCUCAGUCUUUUACCUUUAAUGUAUUACCUAGAGCGUAUGCAUUCAUACAGACAUAAAAUGCACACAUUGUUCCAUUUUCGGUCGUCGUCGUCCUGUCCCUCCUCGGUCUUUCAGUGCUUAUUUUGGUUCCCUAUUUAAGACACAAUCGUUCAACUUAACAUUAAAGGAACACUAUAGGGUCAGGAAUCCAAACUUAUUCCUGACCCUGUAGUGCAAAACCCACCCUUUAGGUUGCUUGCCCACCCCCACUCCACUUAGCCACCUUAAAGGUUUUGUUUUGUUGCUAGUAGAGCCUAUUCUAUAGGAUGGUAACAUUUUGUGUUCCUACUAGUGAUGUAGAAAUGGCCUGUGUCUCUAGGAAACAGACUUAUGUAACAACUUCCCCAAUCACCACCAUGAUUUCUUUGAUGCCUACCACAGACUGUUAAUUGGUGUAUUUUUAUAAUAAGCUCAGGUACUUUGAAACAUGAGCAGUGUGUGAGAUUUUAUAUUGCCACAUAUGCAGUCUGUUUUGGCAUGUUCAGCAGUAUUUUUAAGCCUAACAAAUAAUUUUCACGAUCAGAGGAUGGUUACCGAUAGAUAUCUAUCUCUAUUUACAGAUGUCAAAACACCAUUUGUUUAUUGAAAAAAAAAAAUGUAUUGUCAAAUACUGCAAUACUGUUAUUUGUGGAUGUGUGUGGAUGCAAUACACACAUACACGCUAGUCACAAGCUUCCUAGAAUCUGUGUAAAAAAAAAAAAAAAAAAAAGCACAUGGUAUUCAUUCAGUUAAACAUUUCAUUGUUGUUGCCAGUCAGACCUAAAUAAGCUAAUAUAAACUGGAAGCAGCAACAUUAUUGCUAGACCCAGUUUUGAUGAUUCUUCUGUAGAAGAAUUAAAAAUAAUAAUAAUUAAAAUACUCUAUAGAACAUGUUAAUUUAGUAGCAAUAUUUUUUAUUUUAUUUUUUUUACAUUUUUUUUUUUAUGGGAUGUAGAGGCCUACCUCUCACCUGAGAGGUUAACCAGAUAAGCAAACAAAUGAUCCAAGAAUUCUUCCAAUAUUCUGUAUUCUGAAUGUGUGUUGGUUUCAUUGGUAUCAUGGACUCCUUUGUGGGGGUUGGGGGUGGGUUUCUCCUCUUCUAAAACUCCCAUUCAUUGUCCUUGCCCAAGUUUGAGGACACUUAACGUCUUACAGACUGGCCAUCUCAGGAAACCCAUAGCUAUUUAGAAUUUCAUGGAAAAGGUUGUUUUUUUUUUUUUAAUUCUAAAAAUUUUACGUUUUACCAAAACUCUCAAAGUGAAGGUUCUUUGACCAUGCCUUGAGUAGCCUCAAUAAAACCUUCUGAAAACUGGAGAGGGGGUGGGGGGCAGUGCCAUGAUGUUUCACUUUUACAUCUAGAUUGGAUGAUGCUUUAAAAGCUGUAUCUUUUGAGCCAUGAAAGUUUUAAUAAUUUUGUCUUUAAACAUUAGUGGUCUGCUGCUCUUUAUCCACCACAAAUAAACCUGGAGUGAAUCAAUUUUGUGAUGUCCAGCCAAAGGAUGGACCUUUUAGUGCAAACUUACAGUGCUUUGUACCUGCUUUUUUAGAAGGAUUGUGUUCUGUUUGUGAUUUCUUUCUAUGUUUUAAAGCUAAGUUUGGGAGCGCUGGGGAUUUGGUCCUGUUUAUUAAUUAUUUUAAUUGGUAAGCAGUAGAUUGGGCAGGAGCUAAUGUACAUAACACCAGGAUUUGUCACUGGUUUCCAUGAACUGUACCUGUAACUCAUUGCCUUAAAGAUGUGUCCAUAUGGCAUGCUAGACCAGCUGAACAGCUUUUAAUCAUCUCAGCACCAGGGGGUCUUAUGUGAUACUGCACAACCCCCUGACCCUUAGAUGGUUAAAACAUGUAUAGUAGGCCAGUGUCAGUUUGUAUAAAGUACCAAGUGAAAAUAUUUAUUACUUGCAUUGAAAAAUUGUUUACUUAUUGAAUGUUACCUGUUUCUGUAGAAGUCUUUAGAUGUAAUAAAAGAAGCAUUCUGAUGUUCUGUUUCUUCUCAUGUCUUGUGAUGCACUAUGUACGAUGAUGUGCAAUAGAUUUCCUUAGCUGACCUAACUACAUACCCU